UCAAGGAAGUAGAUGCACACUCCCAAGAAUGAGCAUAGCUCACAAAGGCAACAGCCACAGAAUGCAGAGUGUCCGUUGGAAAAGGAAAACGGAAAAACGAGUGGGUGUCGGGUAGAAUGGUUGCCUUGAGCUCUUUCAGUUUAUGUAAUCCCAGUGGAGGAGAUGGCUGGGCAGCUGGCACAACGAAGGAGAAACAAGCCUUACUAGGAGGUGAGGUAUUUUACUACAGGCCCCACCUGUUGCUUUAGCCUCUGGACCUAGAGAUAUUACUCCCACACCUGUUUUUCCCCCUUACUUGAGGUGUGUGGUGAACUUUCUGCCCUCCAGAUGUGGCUGAACUACAACUCCCACUGUCCCCAGCCAUUGGUCAUGUUUGCUCGGGUUGAUGGGAGUUGUGGUUCAGCAACAACCCCAGGCGUUUGGCUGAUUUGACAUCUGAUGCCCUUUUAAAUGUACUGUGGGAGUGGGGGGAUUAUUGGUUUGCCAUUGUUAUUUUUAUUAUGCAUUUUGUUGUUGUUUUGCAAUUUUUUUGUCGUGAACCUACGGGUGAAGGGCGGUAUAAAAAUUUAAACAACAUUUGGAGGGACAAAAGGUUCCUGCGCCUGACACUUCAACACUGCUUACUGUUUUGGGGUUUUUUUUGUGUUGGUGGGGGGUUGUUCUUGCUCAUUCUGCUGAAUGGGGCCCUAGACGUUUGCCACAGACGGCACCACUGUCUGAGGUUUUACAAUGAGAUUUAUUUAUUUACAGUGUUUUACAGACACACACACACACACACACACACACACACACCUUUUAGCAGAAAAGACUUUUGGAGCAGCUUACAAAAAUCAGUCCUAAGACAGGCCCUGCUUUCAGACAAUUUAAAAGGAUAUGGCACAUAAGGAAAAGGCAAUGGGAGGGAGGAGGGGAAAGCAAGUUCUAGUGCAAGUUUUUUGGAAGUUGUGGCCAAUGGCUGUGGCAGUUUGGGCAGUUUUGAUAAAGGGCAGCCCCUCCCUUGAAACACUGUUCUGCCCCCACUAGAUCACAUCCAGGAGCAAAGCUGGUGACAAUGUCUAGGUCAGGAGGACACAGCAUCUCCUGCCACGCAGGUCUUCCCUUGGAAAGCAGCGAUAAUCCUCAGAGGAAGGGUGCUUGAUGGAGAUACUCUCCUCCCUUGCCAAUAUCAGUAAUUACUGUUGUGAGCAAUAAAAAGAAACACUUCAAAAAAUUCCCUCCUCUCACAAGAUCCAGGAAAAAAUUGUUUAAGAAAACAGGAUCUGGUGUUUGCAAAUGUUAAAAAAGUGGAUGCUCAGCCCCCAAAGUGUAAAAAUAUGCUAUAAAGAACCCCAACUACUUUGGUGGUUUGUUCACCUCCUAUAUUUGUUCAAAUGUUUAUCUAUUUAUUGGGGCUUCCCCUGGGCAUCAGGUUAGUCACUUUGAGAAUGUGAGGUGCUGGGGUGAGAUGGACCUGUGGCUUGACACGGAGGGUCUUUUCUUAUGAUCUAAUUUUUAAAAUUUCUACCCACACUUUUUGACUGCAAAACUCCCUCCCCCCCCAGCAACAGCUUGCAAUACAUUAAAAAAAUGGACGGUAAGAUAAACAAACAAGCAUAAAACAUAGUCGAUAUCAGAAUGCUAAUACUGGAGCCCAAACUAAAAUGCCAUUCAAGAACCUAAGAAGGCCCAUCUAGUCCAGCAUCCCGUUCUCACUGCCAGUGGAAGCCAAAUAAAUAAAGGAGAUAGGGCAAAACAAUUCAUGUACUGUAGUUGUUCUUUCCAUGCAUAUUAUUUUUCUCCUUGGGAGGCUGAGCGUUCGUCUGAUGUCAAAUUCAGAUUGUGUAGUUAUAGUUGCUUAGAAGGUCUUGUGCAACAAACCCUCAUCCCCAAAAGUCAAAGUGUGGGAACUGUAUGGGAUAAAGCUUGCUCUGAUGCAACAUCGCCAAACCUACACCACCUACCGUAUUUUUCGCUCUAUAAGACGCACCAGACCACAAGACGCACCUAGUUUUUGGAGGAGGAAAACAAGAAAAAAAUAUUCUGAAUCUCAGAAGCCAGAACAGCAAGAGGGAUCGCUGUGCAGUGAAAGCAGCAAUCCCUCUUGCUGUUCCGGCUUCUGGGAUAGCUGCGCAGCCUGCAUUCGCUCCAUAAGACGCACACACAUUUCCCCUUACUUUUUAGGAGGGAAAAAGUGAGUCUUACAGAGCAAAAAAUACGGUAAUCUCCAUGCAAACAAAUCAGCAUGACUGCUCAAUACGCAGGUAGCCUGGAAGUGUCACUGGUGCUGAUACUCAAUAGGCUCCACUCUGUGCCCUUGUAGCAAGCUUUGAGACAACCCAACCUCCAAAGGAGGCACGGAGCAAGGCCUCUAAUGGCAAACGUACCUGGUUGGCAGAGUUGCCUUUCAGGGCCUGCUAACUUUUUUCGACCAGGAGGCACAUCUGUAAUUCCAAGAAAGUGCUGUUGGUGCAUUGCAAAAUGGCUGUCAUGGGGUGGGUGGGUGUUACGUAGCACAAAAUGGCUGCUGCGGGCAUGGGGGCACAAGUGCGAAAUGGCUGUCACAUCGGAAAGGGCAUGAAAAGAGGCACUAGCGCAAAAUGGUGCCAGCAUGCCUCUGCAUAAAUGGGGGGGGGGACCGUAUCACCCGCAAGGGCCCUGCCUCAGAGAGAUGCUCUUUGUGUCUUUCCUCUGGGCCCAUCUUAGGCAGUCAUAUUCAAAAAGUGCAAUGGCUGCACAAGCUGUUUCUGUGUGUAUAUGACGUACUGGCUCCAUGUUUGAGGAGACCCUCUGGGCAAAGUGCUCUGGUGGACCCCCCCUCUUUUGUUAAUAGGCUCUGGCACGCUUAGCUGAUAGCACCAUGUUGCAAGUCUAGGGGCAUUGUAGGAAACUUAAAUAGGCCUAGUUGCCUUGGCCUGCUUGGAGUUACUAGGCCACAAAAUUAUUUUAAGGGGGGAGUCCAGAGCAGAUAUCAGCAACCCAAGGAAGCAGGUGCCAGUCUGUAUAUGCAUGUGCCUGUGUAUGUAGCGGAGGAGCUCUAUUUGUUCCGAAACAAAAUUGUGCCAUUUGAAUGCUGGGGAAUUCACUUCCCCUACAAUGACCUCAAAGACAAUGUCUGGGCAGCUCUCCCACGAAUGAGUACUGUACAUUUAUUGCACAUUUUAAAAUUCCAUCAUUUGGAAAGGCCCUGCUUUUGUCUGCCACCAUGAAAUGAGUCAGGAGGCUUGUGUGUGUCUUGGAAAGGGUGCUUGUUUUGAAUAGCGCACCAAAAAUGUUUAACUAUUCCUAGGAGUACAUAACUGCUUGGCAAGGGAAGGACACCAGUAGCUGAUCCAGUGCAUACCGCAAAGUGCAUGGCUGCAUGCUGAAAGUGCAGUGAUGUCAUAUAAACAAUGGCUAGAGGAAGUAGGUUCGGAUGUGGGUUCCGGUUCCAUUUAAGACAUCAUCUUCACAUAAGGAGAGGCCGUUGUCGGAUAAUGACAGCUUAAAGAAGCAAUACAAUUGUCUAGCAAAGAAUGUUUACAUUCCUUUUGAGACUAAAAAAAAAAAGAGGAAAAUGUAGCAUCUUAAGUUUGAUUUGGAAUGGCUGAUCCUUAAUGCUGAAAAUGUUGUAUUUGUGGACUUAUUUAUAUACUGCCAUGAAUUUGCGAAUUCAUGGCACUAUAUUACAGGCCUCUGCUUCUAGGAGUCUACAAUUAAAGUUCACAACUGAGGAAGAGGGAAAUGGGGAAGGGGCAACGCUCAGCGGACGAACAUCAGUGAUCAGUCCCUGGCAUCUCCAGGUACCAGGGCUGGGAGAGACCCUUGCCUGAUGUUCUGCAAAGCCUCUACCUGUCAGUAGUAGUCAGGGGUAGUCAAUGUGGUGCCCUCCAGAUGCUGGGACUAGGGCUUCCAUCACCCUUGAUCAUUAAUCAUGCUGUUGUAGCCUAAUGAGUUUUUCAUUUACAACAUCUGGAGGGCACCAUGUUGGAGGGCACAGCUGGUAGAGCAUAAGUCUCUUAAUCGCAGGGUUGUGGGUUCGAGCCCAACGUUGGGCAAAAGAUUCCUGGAUUGCAGGGGGUUGGGCAAGAUGACCUUGGUGGUCCUUUCCAGUUCUACGAUUCUGUGAUUCUAUGAAGGGCAGUGGUUUCACUGUGUAAGGCAGCUUCCUAAAAGGAGGGGUUCACUGGUGAAAGAGGCAUUUAUUUCACUUAGUUACAGUGGGUUAUGGAGACUAAGGAAUUAAUGUGUCACCCACACCCACCUCAUUCCCGGCAGUGGAGGGUGGCUAAUUGCUGGUGUCAAACCAUUCCUGGAGACUCAGUUUCUGUGGAAUAAAGGGCAAGGAGUUGCUUCUGCUUUGAAACCUGGUCUUCUAACUACCGUAUAACUAAAUCUGAGAUCUCGUUGAUGCAUUUUUAAUGUUAAGCAUUAACUAUCCAGAAACAAUAGUUUUACACCUUGCGCAGGCACAUACUCUCUGUCUUCCUCUCAGUCUUGCAGCAGCCUCCAUAAUUGGGCAACUAUCCAAAGCAUAAGAUUUAUUUAUUUUUUAAAAAUGGAUUCUUCUCCCGAGCUGCGCAGCAAAGGCAGCCUGGAAUUCUGAUUCCACCGAAGGAAGACAGGCGCUGCCGUCCCAGUGAUUCGCUCAAGGUCAACGCGACUCCCCAGGCCUGCCUGAUCAUUUCCCCCGCCCGCAACGUUUUGGGAGCGGAAGAACCCAGGAGUCCGGGCUGCCAGCCCCGGUCCGCUAGACCCCUAACUUUCUCUGGCCCUGGGCAGGAACCCAGCUUCCCAGAUCCACUUCCUGAUCCAGAAACGAACCCCACGAGAACCCAGCCUGCUUUGCCAGCCUAACUAGGCCGCUCCCCCCCCCCCCUUUAUUGGGGUGCGUGCGCGGAAUAGAGCGGACCCAGGAGUCCCGGCUCGGCUCCCCGCACCCCCCGCCUCCUCUCUGCUCUGGCCCCUCCCUCUCCGGCUUGCCUUCGCUGCCGCGCUGCGCGGGGCUGGAGCCGCCGGGGGUGCGCGCAACGAAAGGGGCGGCCGCCGCCGCCGAGGAAGGAGGAGGGCGGGGAGGGACGGAGGGAGCGCGGGGCCUGCCUCUCCUUCCUCUUCCUCUGCGCGGCACCAGGGCCGCCGGCCGGGACCAGCGCUCGCCUCUCCAUCCCGGCCGGGCGGGGAGGGGGGAGCCGCCCGCCCCGCCGGCCGCCUUGGGCUAUGUUCGAGUAAGGAAAGCGCGGCGCGGGGGGACCGGGGUGCAUGGCCGGCGGGCGGGAGGGAUCGGCGGCGAGCGAUGCCGGCCGCGUCGGGAGCGGGAAGGAGAGCCAGGAUCGCGCCGAGGGAGGACGGCUCUUGGCUGCAAGCAGGGGGCGGGGAGGUGGGGGGGAUCGGGGCUGCGGGGAUCUCUCAAGCCGGGCUGGGAAAGCAGGCGACCGUCUCCUCCUCCUCCGGGCUUGUGCCCGCUCUCCCAGCGCUUCGGAAGCCGGACUGGCCACUUGUCAGCUGAGAGGCGGAGAAGGAUGGAUGGAGGCAGAGGGAUGGACACAAAGGAGCUGCCGGGAAAGAGGGAGAGGGCGGGUGGCAAUGGAGGGUUGUGUUUGCGUGGGACCCGGGAAACGGGUUUCUUUCUCCCUCUGUCUCUCUCUUCGCGGAGGUGCAGAUCUUCCAAAACACCCGGCGAGGCGGAGGAGCAAAACCCUCGGCUCCUCUGCCUUAAUCUCCGGAAGGCGGUGGGGGAGAGGGGUGCGCGCGCGUGCGUGCGUUUGCAACCUCUUUUUGGAAAGUCUUGUAGGAUGGGGGGGCGAGGGGAGGUUUCAGAUCGGUCAGCCCCCCCCCCCCCGCUGCACUCCGAUUUCUCCCACCCACUCCCUUUGCUACAGGUGCGUGUUUAUCAGCGUCUAGUUCUCUCACGGUGUGACAUCAGUCUGUGUUCAGCAGUGGUAGCAGCGUGGUCUUUGUAGCGCCAUCGUCGGGGAAGCCUUUGUUCCGCGUGUCCCUCCACGCAUUUACGUGUGCUUGUGUGUGCAUAUGGAUGCAACGAGGAGGGGGCUUGAGAUCCCAUCCCCCACUGCAAAAACUGAUAUUCUCCAUCGCAAUACUGGAAAGUGUAAGGGUGCAGGGAGAGUGUCGCCCGUUGUUCUCCCCUUCAUCUCCUUGGGGAAGGGGUCGAUGAAGGCGAGACUUGGAUUGACAGCUGUGCGGAAGGGUAAUGGGCAGCAGUAGCUCUUGGCCCAUCUGGGAGUUAGAACAUAAUUCUCUGGCCUCUGCUGACUUCUUGGGCUUGCGUGUUUGUGUAUAAACGAAUAAUAAUAAUGCCUGUGCUAGCAGACACACACACACACAUGUGCCUUGUGAUUAAAUGGGGGAAAGUUGGAACCAGGAUCUCCUGUGAUUCCUUCUUUACUCUGGGGAGGUAUUUGUCAGUGGCUUUUUAGUAAAAGGAACAGGCUUGUGUGAGGUUCUUCAUGAUUGGGCUUUUAAGCUAAGGAUCUUUUAAUUUCAAUAUACUUUUUUUGGAGUACAGGAAAGUAAAGGGAAUCCCUUGAGGUGUGUGUGUGUGUCUGUGUUUUCUUCAAGCUUCUAAUUUAAGUGCUUGUGGUUAAAGCGGUUUUACAAAUUGGUUUUACAAAGUUCUGAUUUUAUUACUUCAAUAUUUUAAAGGCCAGUCUUAGGAUAUUGAGAAUAUGGAGAUUAUAGGACUAGGGGGUAAGAAAGUAAUAAAAUAUUACAUUUGGCCCUAAUACAAGUUUUUCAACUCAUGCUGGAGUAACCAACAUGGUGCUAUCCAGAUAUUUCUGGAUUGCAACUCCCACAAGCCCUGCCCAUUGGCAUAUGGAGACCACCAUGGUGGUUAUAGGUUAGAGUCUUCUGAUGAUCCAGACCACUGAGUGUCACAAGCAGAAAACAGGAUUCCUGAUGACCAGGUAGUAACAGGUUACUUAAGUAAGUGAGCCAAGUUUCGUACAUCAGCCCUAUAAACAAAUGCGGUAUAUAGCCAAAUGGAUCUGGAAGAAAGUGUUUUUAAAAAAAUACACACUAAUAAAUAGAUUAGAUCCUGAACAUAAAGGCAAACCUAUCGAUUGAGGUUCAUUUCACCCAUCACAGGAAAAAACAAGUCUCUUCAUUUCUAGUGUGGAUAAAUAAUAUACUUUCUGUACCAUCUGAAGGUCAUUUGGAUGCCUGAAAACACACAGAACAUGAACUCCUGGUAGUCAAAAGACAUUCACAUUACAGGAAGGUCACAGUUGCCCCAUGGAUCUCAUUGACAUUAGCGAGUUAUCAGGGAGGCUCCAGAUGAAAACUUCUGAAGUAUCUUUCCUUACUUGAACCAUGGGUUAAAACCACAGGGUUUAGCCCUGAAUUCCUCCGCAGCUAUACAGUUAGGUGUCUUUUACACAUUCUCACAGCCCCGUGAAAACUAUUUAUGAGCAGCUCCUGUGCAGCCACUCGGGCAGUCAGCUAAUCACGCAGAUCUUUCGCACAGAAUCAGAAGUGCUCCCUUCCUGGUGCAGUUCUAAUUCCAUAGAAAAGACUUAACAUCAGGGAUGGAGAAGUUGUGGCCCUAGGCAUGUUGCUGGACUCCAAAUCCCAUCACCCUUGACAAAUGGUCUCUCUGGCCAGGGCUGAUGAGAAUUUGAAUCCAACAACGAAGGAGGGCCGCACAGGUCCCCCCCCCCCCCCGACCUCUACAAUCAGGCCUCUCAGCCACGUCACUGGGUUAUUUAUGCAUUCUCAGUGCAUGGGAGCUGCUGGCGGUUGCAACGCCUUCAGGAGGCCAGGAAAACAUAAAAAGGCAUGUCAGGGCAAGGCUGACCCCAACCCACCUCCCCCAGGACAUUUGGCUACCCAAGCAACUCCACAGCAGCUUGGGUAAAGUGGGCCUCAGGAUGCCUUCCUUGUAUGUGUGUGGCUCCACCAUCCUUUCGCAAGUGACCUUCGGGUGUGUCUUUUGGAUCACGUGCGGCCAGCACCUCCGAAAACCUUGUUACCCUAAUCAGCUGCUUGAGUUGCUUGUGCAAUUUUGAUCAGCCGCAGUCUACACUGAGGGUGUUUCGAAAACACCCUGAAGUGUGGAGAAUCCCUGUGACAAAAGCUUGAGCCCUUGGAGGGGGGGGCACAGCCGCCCCUGUGCCUUCCUAUUCUGGAGCUGAGGAGCCCAGGCAAUGGAAGUGGCUCACAGGAAACUCUUGUCUCUUCCCUCCUUCUCCCCACAAUGCCUGACUUCUGGGGCAUCAUCCUGCCAAUCUGGCAGAAUUCUGGCUACAAAUGUGGUUCCUGCCUUGGCACAGGGCUCUCUGAUCUGAAUCUUCAGCCUCCCACCACCUGCGGGGAUGAACUGUCGCUCUCUGUCUGUCGACCCUUUCCCUGUCAGCCCUGCGGUUCCUGUGACAGCCGCCCCCAUCUGCUGAAGGCCUGACCUCUUCCUCCCUCUGGACACCGGGGUCUGCGUGGCACGUGGAUGGGAGGCAAGGCGAGGGAACUAGGUUGCUCAAUGCCAUGCCAAGGUCGGCCCCAGAGAGAGCAUUAGCAUUUCAUUAGAGCGUAUGCUGUGGCCACACAGAGCAUGGGAGAACAAGGAGCAUGACAUGCACAGUCCCCUCUUGUGCUUUAUGAAUAGGGAAACAGUGCAUACAAAAUCUGGGGCCAGCCAUGAGAGGUUUUAAGAGGGGCUGAUCUGGAGGCUUGACUAAUUUUGGAGGGUGUUAAUGACAGGUUGGGGUGACCUCUGUCAAGGAUGAAGUAGGAAGAAUUAUUUCCACAAGCCUCAAAGAUCUGUAGUGUUAAUUCUUUACAGGCCUAGGAUCCACUCGCUUUAAGUAUUUUGCAACAUAGGGCCUAUUUAUUAUUUCUCAUCCAUUUACGUUUCUCUGUUUCUCUCUUCUUUCCCACUUUCUCGUGGCACAAAGCUGGGUACAGUUAUUGUUGCUGUGGAUGUUAUUUAAUUUACAUACAGCUUAAUGGCAAACUAGGCAUCUAAGGCAUUUAUGAGUAAAAAAAACCCAUGACAGAAACAUUAAACAUUCCUAAUUAAAACAUGCAACCAAGCUAUCCCAUUUAAAAAAACAUUGCAGUUAAAUUGGGUGGGCCCUUCCUAGCAAGUAUGGAUGGCAUCUGUCUAUCUCGGGAGACAAUGGACGGGUGUGCCUUUGGAGGUGAAGUCAAACCAUCGGAGAGUUACACCACCUGCUGUGGCUAUAGAGACGGAUACGGAAGAGACAUGUUUUGUUGCAGUGGGGGCAGAUGAAGGUGUUUGGCUGCAAGUAUACAUGCAGCAGUAGGCAGCAGCUGCAGUGCCACAAUCAGUGGGUAGCUGUGAGCUGUCCACCAUUUUUUUAGUGUCAGCAUUGGUAGGCCCUCUGGGGCUCUAGGCUAAGGUUGCCAGAUGUUGCGAUUGGCCUGUCGAGGCAUAUCUGUGCUGCAGUCACAACAGUCUGUCUCGUCUGCCAGGGUAUCCUGGGAAUUGUACUUGUAAAGCUACCUGAGUUGGCAGCUGCCACCACAUCUUGCAGUAGCAAAUCCUGUAGUUUUUACCUUUGAAGGUGACCCAGAAACUACAACUAAUUCAGAAUGUGGUAGCUAGACUGGUGACUGGGAGCGGCCACUGAGACCACAUAACACCGGUCUUGAAAGACCUACAUUGGCUCCCAGUAUGUUUCCGAGCACAAUUCAAAGUGUUGGUGCUGACCUUUAAACCCCUAAACGGCCUCGGUCCAGUAUACCUGAAGGAGAGUCUCCACCUCCAUCGUUCUGCCUGGACACUGAUGUCCAUUGCCUAGGGCCUUCUGGCGGUUCCCUCGCUGUGAGAAACCAAGUUACAGAGAACCAGGCAGAAGGCCUUCUCAGUAGUGGCACCCACCCUGUGGAACGCCCUCCCACCAGAUUUCAGAGAGAAAAAUAACUACCAGACUUUUAGAAGACAUCUGAAGGCAGCCCUGUUUAGGGAAGCUUUUAAUGUUAAUAGACUAUUGUAUUUUAAUAUUUUGUUGGAAGCCGCCCAGAGUGGCUGGGGAAACCCAGCCAGAUGGGUGGGGUAUAAAUAAUAAAUUAUUAUUAUUAUUAUUAUUAUUAUUAUUAUUAUUAUUAUAUCUGUGUGCUGUCUGAAGAAGUAGGAGCACGAUCUAGUUGUAGAAACGUAGGAGAAACUGCCUUACGCAAGGUUUCCGACAGGUGAUUCCCAAUCCUCCCUAGAGAUGCUGAGGAUCGAACCUGGGACCUUCUGAAUGCUGUGUGGAUGCCCUAGCAAUGAGCUGUGGCCCCGUCCUUUGUCUCUAACCAAGCUUGCGGCUGAUAAACACCAACAACAUCCUUCACCUGAAGCAGCCGAUCAGAGAGGGCAUCCUCCUUCAAAGCUGCCUCUUGUUGCUUGUCUUCCUCUCCUGCACAGCCCUAAUCUUGAAUGAUAAUAAUAAUAAUAAUAAAUUUUAUUUAUAUCCCGCCCUCCCCAGCCAAAGCCAGGCUCAGGGCGGCUAACAACAAACAAAUAAUCAAACAAUCAAAUAAUCCAACAUUCUAAAACAUUUCAUUAUAAAAUUAAUUAAAAUCAAAUUAAUGGCAACCGUUAAGCAAAGUUCUGUGCAGGUUGCCGGAGGUGGGAGUCAGGCUGGGCCCUGACCAAAGGCCUGGUGGAACAACUCUGUCUUGCAGGCCCUGCGGAAAGAUGUCAGGUCCCGCAGGGCCCUAGUCUCUGUGACAGAGCGUUCCACCAGAUUGGAGCCGCAGCCGAGAAAGCCCUGGCUCUAGUUGAGGCCAGCCUAACCUCUCUGAGGCCUGGGACCUUCAGGAUGUUUUUAUUUGCAGACCGUAGGUUCCUCUGUGGGGCAUACCAGGAGAGGCGGUCCCGUAGGUACGAGGGUCCUAGGCCGUAUAGGGCUUUAAAGGUUAAAACCAGCACCUUAAACCUGAUCCUGUACUCCACCGGGAGCCAGUGCAGCUGGUAUAGUACCGGAUGAAUGUGAUCUCGCAGCGAAGACCCCAUAAGGAGUCUCGCUGCGGCAUUCUGCACCCGCUGGAGUUUCUGGGUCAGUCUCAAGGGCAGCCCCACGUAGAGCGAGUUACAAUAAUCCAGUCUGGAGGUGACCGUCGCGUGGAUCACAGUGGCUAGGUCAGGGCGAGAGAGAUAAGGGGCCAACUGCUUAGCUUGGCGGAGAUGAAAAAUGCCGCCUUUGUUAUAGCUGUAAUCUGCGCCUCCAUAGAGAGGGAGGUAUCGAAGAUUACACCCAAACUCUUAACGGACGGUGCUGGCACUAAUUGCACCCCGCAAGAGAUGGGAGUUGCCCCCCCAAUCCCAUAUCGUCCCGUCCCAGCCAGAGGACCUCUGUCUUCGAAGGAUUUAACUUCAACCGGCUUCCGCGUAACCAUCCAGCCACAGCUUCCAAACAUCUGGUCAGUGUGUCUGGGGCCGAGUCAGGAUGGCCAUCCAUCAACAGAUAGAGUUGGGUGUCAUCGGCAUACUGAUGGCAACCCAGCCCAAAACUCCGGACAAGCUGGGUGAGGGGCGCAUAAAGAUAUUAAAAAGCAUCGGGGAGAGUAUCGCACCCUGAGGCACUCCACACACCAAGGAGUGGCGGGAUGACAAUUCCCCCAAGCGCCACCCUCUGUCCCCGACCGGAGAGAAACGAGCGCAGCCAUUGAAGGACUGUGCCCUGGAUCCCCACGUCGGCAAGGCGGUGGUCCAGGAGUUCGUGAUCAACCAUGUCGAAGGCUGCUGACAGGUCUAGAAGAAUCAGCAGCCCCGACCCGCCUCGAUCCAGCUGCCUGCGGAGAUCAUCUGUUAGGGCGACCAGAGCCGUCUCGGUCCCAUGACCAGCGCGGAAGCCAGACUGGAAUGGAUCCAGAGCCGAUGUUUCAUCCAGAAACCUACCAAGCUGUUCAGCAACCGCUCUCUCAAUCACCUUACCCAGGAAUGGAAGAUUCGAAACCGGGCGGUAAUUGGAUAGAUCUAAGGGAUCUAAUGAUGUUUUCUUUAAGAGCGGGCGCACCACUGCCUCCUUCAAUUCCCCUGGAAAUAUCCCGGUGCCAAGGGACAAAUUGAUGAUAUCUCCCAGGGGGGCCCGCACCUCGUCUGGACACGCUCUAAUCAGCCAAGACGGGCACGGGUCAAGAGGACAGGUGGUGGGCUUUCCAGCUCGGAGGAGUCUGUCCACAUCGGCUGGGGAUAUCCGAUCAAAGUGGUCCAAUACUGGACCCGAGGACAGUCGAGGGGCCUCCAGUUCCUUUAUUGUAUCCAAAUUGGCAGGGAGGUCAUGGCGGAGCAACAGGACCUUCUCCGCAAAAAGCUCGCAAAUGCCUCACAGCUGUGUGUCAAAUUGUUAUUUAAAUUUGGCUGUCCUUCAAGGGACGUUAAAGACCUAAUUAUACUAAAUAAUUGCGCCGGGCGAGAGCUAGCGGAUGCAAUGGAGGCCGAGAAGUAAGACUUCUUAGCGGCCUUCACCGCCAUCUCAUAGGUUUUCAUAAAAACCCUAUAAGAUGUUCUUGAGGCUCCGUCACGGGCACCCCGCCAUACUCGCUCUAGCCGUCUGAGGUCCCGCUUCAUUUUCCGAAGCUCCUCGGUAAACCAGGGAGCCCGGUUUCUGCGGAGUCGCAGAGGGCGCUUAGGUGCGAUCUCAUCUAUGGCUGCCAGGAGCUGGGUAUUCCAGCCCUCAACAAGCUCAGUCAAUGAGUCGCCAGGGGAGCAAGGUCCCGCAAGGCUUGACGGAAUCUAUCAGGGUCCAUCAGCCUCUGCGGGCGAGCCCAAAUCGGCUCGCCACCUAAGCAGGGUGGGGGUGGAAAGUCAAUCCUGGCUUUCAGAGCGUAGUGAUCAGACCAUGGCACCUUAAUUGAAGGAGACAUGAUCACAUCUAUACCUAUGCCAAAGAUCAAAUCCAGCGUGUGGCCUGCUUGAUGUGUGGGGCCUGAAACAAACUGGGAGAGCCCUAGUGUUGCCAUGGAAGACACCAGGUCCAGAGCCUGUGAGGAGGAGUGGCAUCAGCAUGGAUGUUGAAGUCCCCCAAUACCAAUAGGUUAGGGAACUCCAAGGCCCAGCUGGCCACCGCCUCCAGCAGGCCUGACAGGGUGGCUGCUGGUGCGCUAGGUGGCCGGUACACCAGCCAGACAGCCAAGCUCACCUCAGAGCCCCACACUAGGCCAACACAUUCAAUGCCGGGGAUCGAUGGCGAUGGUAGAGCCCUGAAAGGACAAUCUUCCCGGAUUAAUAAUGCCACCCCUCCCCCGGCCCACAGUCCGUGACUGGUGGAGGACGGAGAAACCCGGGGCGCCAUCUCUCGUAAGGUAACUGUUGCCCCUUCGCGUACCCAGGUCUCCGUCACACAAGCCAGGUCAACCCCUGCGAGGUAAAGAAAUCUCGCAGAGUGGCGGUUUUGUUGCCUAUAGACCUGGCAUUGCACAACACCAGUGACGGAGGUGAGUAAUCCUUGCUCACCCUACCCUCGUCCCUCGGGAUGGGGCGCAGAUUAGAAGCUCCUUUUAAUCCUCAGCCUCAUAAGAACUCCAGAUCUCACCCCAGCCCCCCUCUUUCCCUCUCCAUACGAGCUCUCCUCUGUUUUGGUCUCUUCCCCGUGCGCUUCACAGCCGCGAGGGGCAACGUAACACCAGCUUUCUUUCCUUUUCUCCUGGGUGAAAACUGUUAGGCAAGGUAUCCCUGUUCAAAGGCAGUGUCUUCUAUCCGCUCCCAUAAAGCGUAAGUGAAUAUCGACGAGGCAGCUAUUUAUUCUCAUCACCCAGGGGCAAAACAAAGAGGAGCCAUUUAUUCCCAGGAGGCAGCUGGCUAAGAGCCCUGGGGAAUAUUGUGGAAAUAGCACUUGUGGGUUGCUAGUUUCCUAAUACUAUUCUGGAAGGCUUGCUCCAGUGGCUGCAACUUGGGUUUUUGUCCCCCUUCCUCUUAUAACCAGUGAGGCCACCAAUGAAUCUUCCCCUAGGGAUGCCUCAGAAUCAACACAGGCAGCCUUUUCUUUGUCUGGAUAGAGUUGCAGGGCAGGGGUGAGGUUCAUAGAGAACAUAAAGAGUCCUGCUGAAUCAGAGGAAAGGCCUGUCUAGCCCUGUCCUUCUGUUCCCAUGGUUACCAACCCAGAUGCCUAUUUGUAGUCCAUCAGCAGGACAUAGGGACACAGGAAGCUGCCUUAUUGGCCUGUCUAGCUCAGUGUCGUCUACACUGAUUGGCUGUGUCUCUCCAGGUUCCAGGCAGGGGUCUUCUCCAUCCCUACCUGGAGAUAUAUGGGAUUGAACCUGGGGACAUUAUGAAUGCAAAGCAGGUGCUCUGCCUGCUGAGCUGCAUGCCUCCCACGGUUGUUCCCUAGCAACUGAUAUUCUGAGGCAUGCUGCUUCCAAUGCUGGAGGUGAUGUGUAACCAUCGUGACUAGUAGCCUUGUAAUCCACAAAUUUGUCUUAACUGCUUUUUAAAAAAAGAUGUCCAAAUUGGCGGCCAUCUUUACAUGAUGUGUAAUUAGAUGAGGAGGCAGGCUGGCAUGUUUGUGUAUCUUCUGCUGUCCUGGUCCCAUAGACCGAUUGUUGCACCAUUUUGCUCUGCAAAAUGCAACUAGGGAUGCAUACACGCCAUAAAUUUAAAGGACACCAAAAUCAUGUGGCCCCCCCAAAUAAUCAUGGGAUCUGCAGUUUGUUAAUUAAGGGUGCUGGGAAUUGUAGUUCUGUGGGGGAUGAACUACAGACCAAAGAUUCUUUGGGGAUGUACUUUAAAUCUGCUUCAGAUAUAUGGUGUGUAUGUUCACUGGGACUUAUGUUCCCUCAGCUGGAAGUGGGUGCAUUUUUUCCCUCCAGAGUCUGCAGCUGCGGGUCCUAGAUAAGGCCAAGCAAUGGUCCAUAGAGAAGAAAACAGGGUCAAAUGGUACGAUUGGCUGAGAGCCACAGCCCUCCCACAUGCUACCCAGAACUUGGUGUUCUGAAGUGAAAUUCAAGGACAAACAGGAAUUAGGAAGAAUGACUUGACUCUUCAGCGCAUAUUUUGACAGGUUGAAUUUAUGCGGUUAUUUUAUUUGGGAAUAUACAGUAACGAAAAGUGGGUAAGAAUUUUUUUAUAUAAAUAAUAAUACUGAUAGUAACAACUAUUAUUAAGAAUGCAUGUGAAAAGCAAUGAGCACUUCCUAGGGAUGCUUAUGAACUAUUUGAGUUGUCUAGCCAUUUCCUUUGCUGUUGAAGGUGGGAUUCUAUAUUCUGGUGAAAUUUGGAAUUUAUGUGCAUUUACACAGGGUUCCCCCCUGCAGAGUUGAGAGCGCUUCAAUUUAAAAUGAAGCACUUAAGGAAGCGCACAGGUCUGUGUGCUUCCUGGUGUCUGAAUCUGACACCCUAUGAGUCGUACAAGGGCAUGGUCCAGAGACCCGCCACUCACAGCAGCCUUGGCUGAAAUUAAGCAGAUCUGGGGCUAGUAUGUGCCUGCCUGGAUAGGAAGCCACCACGAAUCCUGUACGGAGGCCUCACUCUGUCUUCACUGGAGGAAAGUGAUCCAAAACUUCUGGCAGUCCUUGGUGGUUUGGCAAAAUUUGUCCUCACUAAGAUUCUGCUCUCACCCCUGAAAGAGGGGUGGGCUUUUUCUCCCUGACAUCACCCUGAGUUUUAGGGCUGGGUUCAUCCUUCUUCUCCAGUUGUCAAUUGGUGAUAAUCUCUCUGGUGCUGAGCCUUCAGCCCUAGUCUAUACAUGCCACAGAAUGAGAUGUAAGAUCCUAAGAUGGCAGGGUGGAAUGGGCCACUUCUCACUUUCGGUGGGGGAUGCCAUUUUUUGUAUGGUAACCCGCUAAUUAUAGACAGGGCACCCAUGGGCACAGUGAUACCCAUGGGGAUUUUUCCCUGUUGCCACAAAGUCUUUAAGCCCCCAUGCUGUUGGUGUCUACCAUUUUUUCUCCUUAGAAAAGUAAACAGAGCUGACUAAGGAAGUUGGAAAAGGGAUACUCUUUCCCAUCUCCUUGUUCAACACAUAUGUGCCUUUCAAGGCUCAGACUGAUUCUAUCAGAUGUACCGGUAUGUAAUUUUUACCAAGACGAUCCCUUGGAAGAGUGAAAUGUGUUAGUGUAUUCUUUCUUUCUUUCUUUCUCUUUUGCUUUCUCUGGGGUUUCAUCUGAGGUUGAGGGGAAGGAAGUGACGAAAACUCGCUCAAAACCCCAUAUCUGCCCAAAGGCCCAAAAAACGUUACAAACUUGGCUCUAGAGCAUUGAGGAACAAGUUAAAAAACAUUGGUCCCAGUACAGAUCCUUAGCAUCUGGCUGGCUACUGUGGAAAACAGGUUGCUGGAUAGACCUUUGAUCUGAUAACAGCAGGGUUCUUAUGUUAUUAUAUAUUUCAAACAAGACUGCUUUGGGCAGGGCACCCAGUACCAUUCUGGACCUGAUCCUGUUGUCCUGGGUGGAACACUUAGGUGUUAGCUUGGAGACUUAGGUGUGACUGACUUGACUUAAAACAAAACAAGGCAAAUGCAACAAUGCCACAUUAUUUAUACCAGUCAUACUUUCAAGGAACCCUUGAUGUUUUAAACACCCACACUGUGUGGAAUUGGAUAGAAUAUCAGAUUUGAAGGUUGUAGGGGGAGCAUACAAACAGGAAGGGGGUGUAAUGGGUAUUUGGGAGUGUGGGUGGGUUGCCAGAGACCUGCCUAUACCUGGAAUGGCUUUUAGGCUGGUCCCAGUAACACCAGGGUCACUCAUGUGGUAGCAGUGAUUAAAAAGUUUCACUAAAUCCCAAAUGCCAGGCCAGCCUAAUUCAAUAAAGCUUGAUGCUGAUGAGGGGCAUAGGAUGGGCAAUUGCACAUUGCAAAAAGGAAAAAAAGAAAGGCUUCAACAUAAAUUUUUCAAACUUAUUUAUUUGUGCUUUUAUGUUGUGCUUUUAUCUUGUACCGCCCUGAGAUCUUUUGAUAAAGGGUGGUAUAUAAAUUUAAUAAACAAAAUGAGCAUGAAAGAGGUUUAGUGAUUUGCACAUGCAAGUUGACGUGCAUAAAUGCAAAUUUAGGAUGACUUGCUGCAAUCUAAAUAGAAACACAAUGCACCUCCCCAUAGCGGGGAAGACUGUGACCAGGCGACCUAUGUGUCUGCUACAUCUAUGCACAAGUGCUUGCUGCUGAUGGGCGACAUCAAGCCCCGUCCUGCUCUCCCUUCUUAGGGUUCUUUAUGUUUAAACCAGACUCGGUUUAAAUAAAAGUGUGCCCUCCAACAGCCCUUCAGGUAGCAGGGUUGCCCCUUGUAAAAUCAGACACGUGGCAUCGGACACAGUGAUGGUGAGGCCCUAUUUUAGAACAGUGAAAGGAAUGGAAACUCAGUUCACGGAACCCAAGCGGCGUUUGAGAAGGGAUUUGGCAGGAUAUGCACAUGUCGGGGGAAGGAGACCAGAGUUUACACCUCACCUCUUUGGGCAGAGAGCCAGGGGGCUCGGCUUUGCCUUGGCUUUUGCCUCUUGUCCUGGUAUCAAAAACGUCGUGCUCUUUUCUAGGAAUCAACUACAGGCAUAGAAACAAAUACUGAUUUUGGAGGUUGGGGGGACUACAGGCUGGCCAGACAGAACUACACUCUCUGAAGAGGCUUGGGUGCUGCAGGAAGAGGAUAGAGAAAGCGUUUGGGACAGCCAUCCUCCCAAACACUGGCCUGUGUGUAUGUUUCCCCCUGCAGCUGUUCAGUGCAAAGCAGCCACCUGCUGCAAGGGGCUGUCCGGGAAGGGCAGACAGAGGCGGGGUUUGUGUGCAUGCGGGUGAGCGAGGGCCAAAAUAAUGGUGUGAGCUGCGUAGCCCAAACAGCUCCGCAGAUCUUUUUAUCUUGCUCUUAUCUUCUUUGGGUGCCCUUCUCUUUCUGCCUUUCUCUCUCCCCCCCACCCUGAUUUCUUGUUCUCAUGAAUUUCCCUCCACUCUCUUUCUUUCUUGCUCUCGUUUGCACCAGGACACAGGGCAGAUCCUUGGGUGGCCGGUAAGUUCCUUGCUGGAUCGGGGCAGGUCUCUCUGUAUGUGUGUGUGUGUGUGUGUAUGUGCAUGAUGAUAAGCGUGGAAGUGUGAGGAAACAUGUCUCCUGAAACCACCACACCCAGUAUCCCGGUCUGUGGGAGCCUGGCGCUGCCUUAUUCCCAGAUUCCCAGCCCUUGCUGUUUGCAGAUUGUCGCAGAACCUGACAUCGCCUCCAAUCGCAUGAUACUGGUGCCUGGCAUUCCAUGCAGCAGAGCGGACAGAGUCUGAAGCUUUGUCUGGGCAGGAACGGAUUCAAAUCCCACUCGGCCUUGAAGCACAGAUAGUAAUCUUGAUCUGGCUGCUUCUGUGUUGGCCUCAUCCACCUCAACAGGGUUUUUGAGAGCCUGAAAUGGGAAUGCUCCCAUUGGGUGUGGGAUACAAGCUCCAUAACUUGGAUCCCUUACGCUGGCCCUGUAGACAGUGAACCACAACUACCCUGUCUGCAAAAGGAAGCUAGUGUUAGCCAUUUGUGACUUUCCGAUGGCUUGGAAAGGAAAGGAACCAGCUCUUUCCCAGUUUGCCACAGCUUCCUUGCUACAUGUAGACAAGUCUUAUAGGCAGUCAAACAAACAAACCACUACAGUGGUACCUCGGGUUACAGAUGGUUCAGGUUACAGACUCCGCUAACCCAGAAAUAGUACCGCGGGUUAAGAACUUUGCUUCUGGAUGAGAACAGAAAUAGCGCGGUGUCAGCGGGAGGCCCCAUUAGCUAAAGUGGUACCUCAGUUUAAGAACAGUUUCAGGUUAAGAACGGACCUCCAGAACGAAUUAAGUUCUUAACCUGAGGUACCACUGUAUUUGCCAGCCUGCCCCAAAUUAAAAAACUUCAGAUUUCCCGAUUCUUCCACAUUUAGGAGGUGGAGUUUUGGUUUAUCUUUCCUUUAUCCUUGUUUUAUUCUUGUUGCUUGCUAGAUUUAUGAUUGAAGAGGUACCGGGGGUGAACCUGUAGCCCUGCAUGUGUUGUUGUUGGACUACAACUCCCAUCUUCCUUGGCAAUUGGCCAUGCUGGCCAUGGCUGAUGGGAGCUGGUGUCCAACAGCCCCUGGAGGUUCCCCAUUCCUUUGGUACAGCUUAUGGGGCGUCCACAUGGGUCAGUCUCUUAUUCUGUUUGGUUUUGUCUUGACCAGUUUCAGCUCUCUACUCUUCCUUACUAUAGCCCUAGCACGGAUUAAACUCUAACUCUUUUGGCAAUCCUCACAGAACUCUAGCCCAAUGGUUGCCAUUAAUCUGAUUUGAAUUAAUUUUAUAAUGAAAUGAUUUUAGAAUGUUGUAUUUAUUUUAUUGUUGUUAGCCGCUCUGAGCCCGGCUUUGCCUGGGGAGGGUGGGAUAUAAAUAAAUUUAUUAUUAUUAUUAUUAUUAUUAUUAUUAUUAUUAUUAUUAUUACUAAAUUAACAGUUUAAACAUAGGUUGCGUUUGCCACGCAGCACAUAAUAAAUAAGCCUCAGACUAUUCUGAUCACUCUGAUUUCAAGGAUGGUGGGGGGAAAUGGAGUCCAGCACAAGCCUAUAUGUGCAUUUGCUUGGAAGUAAUUCCCAUUGUGCCCAAUGAAACAUUACCCCUAGUUCAGCCUUUGCCAACCUUGAAUGCCUUCCCAAUGUUUUGGACUACAACUCCCAUCAGCCCCAGCCAGCACAUCAGGUUGGCAAAGUCUGCCCUUGUUACUGUUCAGGAUUCCAUCCCUAAAUGAGAUGGUGAUGCAGUUUAACCCCUUCCUUUUAUUCACAUGCUCAUAAUUAUUAAAGCUAGGGCUGUCAAUGAAAGAAAUAAUUUUGUAAAAACAUGUUGGGCAACUUAAAACAGCCUCCUGAUCAAUGAGGCUUCAUUGUUAUUUAAUCAUAAUUCAUCUUUAUUUAAAAUGAAGGUGAUUUUAAUGCAGCUCCUUUUAACUACCAGCUCUCUUUUGGAAGAAUUAUUUCACUCAAGAGAGAAUGCUUCUUCUAUGAUGAUGCUUUGAUAUAGUCAUGCACCGUUGAAAAACAAAUUCCCACCCAACUCCCCCCCCCCGAUUGUUUUAUUCAUGAGCAAAUUUUGCAGAUUCAACUAACGUAUUUAUCGGUUAACGCUUUUAUAAUCGUUCAGUUAAUAUUCCUCCAAUGAAGUGACAGCCCUAAUUAAAACAUAAGAAAAUUUGUCUGCAUGGGAAUAUUCCUUGAUGUGAUGCAUGUUUUCCUGUGAUCAGGGUGUCCUGGUUUCAGAUCCUUGCUUAAGUCAUGAGCUGUCAGAGCGGCCUUUGGCAAGUUGUAUUAUUUUAGUCUCGGUUCCUUAUGCCUUUGCUUACAAGGCUGUCAUGGGAGUAAAUAAGACAAUUGUUGUAAGUCACUCUGUGCCAAACACUUAAAAGCACAUGACUUCCACCAAAGAACCCUGGGAGCUAUAGUUUGUAAAUGGCGCUGGGAUGGUAGCUCUGUGGGGGGGUUACUGUGGUUCCCAGGAUGUUUUAAAUGCAUGGCUUGGAUGUUCCAUAGCUUCACUGGUUCUGGUGCUCAUAGGUGAGUGCAGUUGCUUAUGUCGCUAAAACAGCACGGCCCAUUCACAAGAUGAAGGUAUCAGGUUUGGGGGAACCCCACGGCUUGUAGAAGCAAUCUUCAAGCGGGGAGAACACCUAAACGCUGCUGGUGGGGUUUCCAAAAACUUCCCAAGGGGAACUGAGCAUGCUCCAAGGAUACACGGUACAUUAAUGACCUGAUUAGCAGUCAUAUUGUGGGUUUUUAAAAAAACAAAAUGCCAAUUGUAGGGGGCUGCAGAGCUCAUGGGCAGGAGAGGUUUAAGCCUUCUCUCCUAGAUGCAGUUUUGAUUUUGAAAAAUCACUGCUUGCCUCUGUGCAACAAUCUGCAUAAGGAAAGACAUUUUCCCAUAAGGCUACUUGCUAAUUUGAGGAGGGCAGUUUUUUUUUUAGCAAGACUGCAACUGAGAAGGCUUAAAAUGCGCCUUGUGCGCUGUGGGGUUGAUAGCUAUGCAUCCCUGUACAUGCCUAGUUUUUGUUUUUUAAGUGCAUGUCAUAAUUGCUAAUCAUGGUUAUAGAACAUGUGGCAAGGGAGAUUAUUGGGAGGCAUAACCCAGAUGACCGAAUGGAAGGAAUAAUAGGGUGGAACAGGAGUAAUCCACGCUACAGGCCUCACUUUUUGAUUCAUUAUAAAAUAAUUCUCUUGGCAUGUUCCGGAGGCCACUGGCAAACAUUCGUGUUCCCAUCCUACAUUUCAAAGGCUUUUCACAGGACCUGCUCACACACGGACAUAGAUGGGAGCCCAGUAGGAACAGUAACGGGGGGGGGGGGAAUCCCUUUCCCCAUGGCUUGUGGGCAGUAUGGAUGGGGAGCCAGUGUGGUGUAGUGGCUGGAGUGUUGGAUUAAGACCUGGGUUCUAGUUCCCACUCAGCCACGAAGCUCACUGGGCAACCUUGGGCCAGUCAGUCUCUCAGCUUAACCUACCUCACAGGGUUGCUGCAAAGAUAAACUGGAGGGGGAUAACUACACACUGUGGUAAUAAGCAUGGAUAGUCAUAUACACAACUUCCUUUCACUCUUUCUUUUUUGGAGGAGAAGACCUGUACAAAUUGGGUGUGGCCUCGUAUUAUUUCGUACGCCGUGGAUUUGGGAAGGAGAGUAUCUGGUCCGUUAUACAAACUGGGUCCUUAGCUGAGGGUGGUUUGCCCACAAAUCUGACUCCAGUUUGCUCUUCACUCCCCUUCUGAGUGUCUCUUAGAAUCUCUGGCGGUUCCUCAGGUGACCUGACUCUGGGAUUAGGAUCCUGUUUCUUCUCAUGAGCUGGGAGCUUUCCUGUUUACAUUUCCUCUGCUCUAGUAAUAGCUUCUGCCGGACAGGAAAUGAAAAAACAAAAUCAAGAAACCCAACUUGGAAAUUUGUUAAGCUGCAGAGAGGGUUUCUGUGUCUUUAAAAGUUCAAUAGUACAGAGAAUAUGGAUUUUCCUGUUAUAGGGUGCUCCAAGACGGGUACUCUUCAUGCAUGGAAAGCUCCCCCCCUUUUUUUGGUAACAUCCACCAGGUGUCUUUGGCAUCAAAACACCAGCCUGUAUUUUUUUUGCUCAUUUAAUCUGGGUUAUAUCCUUUCUGAUGCGUAACCACAGUGCUUUUUUCUGGGGGUACGCAGGGGUACACAUACCCCUAAACAUUUUGUGAAUCUUUGUACUUUUGUCCAUUUACUAUAUUUAUUUUUCCCAAUUUGAACUAUAAAAUGAUGAUUUUGAGUCAAAAUGAGAGUACCCCUAAACAUUUUUUUUAGGGAAAAAAGCGCUGAGUAACCACCACCACAAUGUGUUGCCAGCAACCAUUGAGAUAUUUCUCAGUGACCCGUUUGCCCCAUCUCCCCAGUCUGGAAGCAUCCAUAGUUUUUCAGUGAUGGGAGAAACUGAAUGGCGGCAGGUUGUUGGUUUUUUUGUAUCCCAGCAAGAUAUGGCAGUGGCUGCAGCCACCUUGAUGAUGAUGCUAAGCAAGCCUGGGUCUGCUUAGAACUCCUUUGUAUGCCAUCUUGAGGUCCAUGCAGGACAGGUGGGAAAUAAAUGCACUCAAUGAUUGUUGUUAUUUAGUCGUUUAGUUGUGUCUGACUCAUCGUGACCCCAUGGACCAGAGCACGCCAGGCACUCCUGUCUUCCACUGCCUCCUGCAGUUUGGUCAAACUCAUGUUGGUAGCUUCAAGAACAAUGUCCAACCAUCUCGUCCUCUGUCAUCCCCUUUUCCUUGUGCCCCCAAUCUUUCCCAACAUCAGGGUCUUUUCCAGGGAGUCUUCUCUUCCCAUGAGGUGGCCAAAGUAUUGGAGCCUCAGCUUCAGGAUCUGUCCUUCCUGAUAAAUACAAUUCAGUUCUCCGCAACUCUUAAAGACACAGGUCCUCUUAGGGGUUACAUGUGAGCUGGAUGUUGUUUGGAGGGUGAAAGCAAGAUAGAGGGUUAGAAGGACCAAGGUGGGGAAUGCUGUGUAUUAAGGCAAACACGGCAUAGAGAUCAUCUUGAGUUUUGUUCCUGGGCAACUUGGGAACGGUAGUGUUUAAAUUGGGGCCUUGGCUCAUAAUUGUCUCUCUGCUUCCUUCCAGCACAGGCACCACAUCCCCACGUACGACCCCAAGCAGCUCCCCGUCCCUGAGGAAGCGCUUGCUGCAGUUGCCGCCACGACCUCCUCCAGAGUUGACCCCGGAAGCCAUGGUGGAGAAAGGCUCAGAGAAUGCAGCAGAGCGGACCCCUCAAGCAGUGCACCCGCCCAGCACCCCGCUGAACUACCCCCUCAGUGGGCGCAGCUUCAUCCGUAAUAACAAGGUAGAAUGGGUGGGGGCAUGUGUGGCGGGAGAUGAGAGAAGGUGAACCUGUUUGGGGAACUCUGCUCAGCUUCUGAGGCUCUUCUUAGGGUGCCAGAACUGAAGGAGGUUUGGUUGGUGGAACAAAGGAGAAGGCCUUUUCAACUUGGGCACCCAGAUUAUGGAACAACCACCCAUGGGAGGUGCCCCCUUUCAGGCACUUAAGGUUUUCUGUUUCCGCUGGCAUUGUUUAGUUGACCCUUGUUUGGUUUUCUUUUAAAAUUAUUAGGCUGGAUUCAUAGAAUCAUAGAGUUGGAAGAGACCACAAGGGCCAUCGAGUCCAACCCCCUGCCAAGCAGGAAACACCAUCAGAGCACUCCUGACAUAUGGUUGUCAAGCCUCUGCUUAAAGACCUCCAAAGAAGGAGACUCUACCACACUCCUUGGCAGCAAAUUCCACUGUCGAACAGCUCUUACUGUCAGGAAGUUCUUCCUAAUGUUUAGGUGGAAUCUUCUUUCUUGUAGUUUGGAUCCAUUGCUCCGUGUCCGCUUCUCUGGAGCAGCAGAAAACAACCUUUCUCCCUCCUCUAUGUGACAUCCUUUUAUAUAUUUGAACAUGGCUAUCAUAUCACCCCUUAACCUCCUCUUCUCCAGGCUAAACAUGCCCAGCUCUCUUAGCCGUUCCUCAUAAGGCAUCGUUUCCAGGCCUUUGACCAUUUUGGUUGCCCUCCUCUGGACACGUUCCAGUUUGUCAGUGUCCUUCUUGAACUGUGGUGCCCAGAACUGGACACAGUACUCCAGGUGAGGUCUGACCAGAGCAGAAUACAGUGGCACUGUUACUUCCCUUGAUCUAGAUGCUAUACUCCUAUUGAUGCAGCCCAGAAUUGCAUUGGCUUUUUUAGCUGCCGCGUCACACUGUUGGCUCAUGUCAAGUUUGUGGUCAACCAAGACUCCUAGAUCCUUUUCACAUGUACUGCUCUCAAGCCAGGUGUCACCCAUCUUGUAUUUGUGCCUCUCAUUUUUUUGCCCAAGUGCAAUACUUUACAUUUCUCCUGUUAAAAUUCAUCUUGUUUGUUUUUGCCCAGUUCUCUAAUCUGUCAAGGUCGUUUUGAAGUGUGAUCCUGUCCUCUGGGGUGUUAGCCACCCCUCCCAGUUUGGUGUCAUCUGCAAAUUUGAUAAGGAUGCCCUGAUCAACUAGCAUAAACCAGUGCAAGGACUUCUGUUAGCACAAGGUGGCUUCCCCCUGCUGCUCUUCAUACACCAGAAAUUAAAACACUAAAAUUAAUUACAUCUUAUACCUGUGUAAUGAAUACUUAUGUAAUUAAAAUUAAUGGGCAUGCAUAAAAUUGAACAUUGGCCCUUUCCUGAUUGAAGCCCACCCCUCAUUGGCCCUGUUUUGUCCUCCCACUUUGUGUUUUUGUCUGUCCCGGAUGUGUCCUUGAACAUGUUUGGAUGGAGGAUAGAGAGGGGUGGGCAACUGUGUGCAGGAAUUGCCCUACUGCAUAAAGGCAAACUUUGCAUUAGUUAAUCUGCCCACUUUUGCCUGUGUCCCUGCCGGCCACUGGCAUGUGGCCCUUGAAAUGUUGCAUGGAAGGGAAUGUGAUGCUUGGGCUGAAAAAAAGUCCAUCGCCCCAGGUUAACAUGUGGCUUACACUAACUCUCUCUCUCUCUCUUUUCUUUCUUUCAGAAAAUGCAGAGCUGGUACAGUGUAAGUUGUUAUUUUUGUUCUUCCAUUGGGGUGUACACAAGAAUAGAACGCCUCCAGCUUUGGGCCAUUAAGAAGCUAUUAAAUGUGCACAGCAAUAUUGCCAACGUAUGAAAAGGCAGGCCCUUCUGGUAUCCAUCCAAAAAGAGAGAGCUGGAAAGGGCACGCAUCUCAGUUCACGGCCUUCAUGCCGCUUGAAGUUAUUUGUGACUAAAGCUGCGCACACACUGUAAUUUUAAGACACAUGACUUCCUCCUAAGAAUCCUGGGAACAGGAGUUUACCCCUCAGAGAGCUGCAAUUCCCAGCACCCUUAACCCAGCAACAGUUCCCAGGGUCCUUUGAGGGAAAUUGUGUGCUUUUAAAUGUAUAGUGUAUACCAGGCAUAGGCAACCUCGGCCCUCCAGAUGUUUUGGGACUACAACUCCCAUGAUCCCUAGCUAACAAGAUCAGUGGUCAGGGAUGAUGGGAAUAGUAGUCCCAAAACAUCUGGAGGGCCAAGGUUACCUAUGCCUGGUGUAUACGUUUGUAAAACUGCAACCCUAAACACGGCGUUUAUUAAGAAGCCCCAUAGCAGGGCCAGCUUCUGAGUGUGUGUGUGUGCCUCAGGAUUGCACGUUGGAGCCAUAUUUCCAGAAGUUGUUGAACUUUUUUUGCUGAUUUUCCAAAAAUCCCCCCCGGAUGCUAAUUCUGUCAUUGGGAAAUCCAUCUGUAUGGCAACCUUAAUGAACUUUCUCCCUUGUGCUUGUUUACUGAGAGGUUUGCCCUAUUAAGUUCAAUGGAAUUUACUCCCUAAUAUGUGUGAUUAGGAUUUCAGUCCAAAACCUUUGGAGUAGUGUGGCCAGCAUUUCAUGGGUUUGCUUUCAUGGUUUUACUUCCUCCACCCCCCCAUUACUAUUUUUAAAGUAUAUUAAAAAAAAUAAAAACCAAGGCAUUGAACAAUAAGAUAAUUGAAACGUCGUAAAACUGCAAUUACAAAAUCAUAGAACACUGUACACAUGGAUCAGUACUGAGUUACAUUAAUCCUAUGAAAAGUCCUUGGCGAUACAAAUACAUUUCCAGUUGGUGAUGAAAUAUCCGGAUGGCAAGUGCUUGGUUUCAAUAGGAACAGUGUUCUCGAUCCCUGGUGUCACUGCGCCAAAAGCCUUGGUUCACAAAGAAACUCUACGAAUACUAAGUCAUAUUAAGUAAAUAUUACCGUUAAGUAAUAUUUACUUAACGACUAUUGUAGUUCCUUGUCUUAUGAAACUUUUACGGCCACUCUAAAUGUGACACCGUUCACACAAACAGCAAUCGAAAUAUUAUUAUUUUUAAAUAACAAGCAUUGCAUUGGUGGUGAUGGUGGGGAGAGGAAUCUAGAUUUGGGACCCCAGUGGGCAGUGUUGCAGUGAGGUUAUUAAAUUAGGUCCUAGCUGCCCCACAUCAUAAGCCAGCCCUGUUGGAUGUCUGCCCUAAAGCCCUGUCCUUUGUGCCCUGUUGUGGUUCCUAUCUGAAUCAGCAUCUUGCAUCCCUUCAUCCCUGGAGCUCAAGGCAGUGCAUGCAGUCUUUCCUCCCCCUUCCAUUUGUAUCCUGUCAACAACCCUGUGAGGUUGGUAGGCAGAGAGGUUGCUGUGACUGGCUCAAAAUUCACCCCGUGACCCUUCAUGGCUGAGUGGGGAUUCAAACCCGAGGGAGGGAGAGGAUAUCCUGGAACCUAAAAGGCAGUGUAGGAAAUAAAUCAGCGCUUUAAACUGGGAGUCUCUUUAUAUUCCCAAGCCAUGUUUUAAUCACGAUGAGCACUUUUUUAUAGACCGCAGGCAUGGGAAUAAUCUGAGUAUGUAAACAAACAAAUGCUCCUUGCAGUUGGAAACCUAGCACAGCAGGGAAGAUGACUGGCUUAGAACCUUUCUGUCUCAUUGAUAUGGUAGAUUUCUAGCUGUGGCAUAUUCCUCCCCCACUCAAAUGUAGGGACAUUAAAAUGUGAGGUGUGCAAAUGUACCCCUGCCUGCAGCCCACUCCCCAUUCUGCUCCAUGAGCAGAUCUGGCUAGUCUCAUUGAAUGAAAUGCACAAGCAUUUGAGGGGUGGCAAAGGGGAGGGGCAGUGCUUUUUCUCUGGGGGCGGGGGACGCAUACCCCUAAACAUUUUGUGAAUCUAAGUUUGGCCUCAUUGAGGGGCAGUAUUUCAAUAAGUAGGAAAAUGAGAGUACCCCUAAACAAUUUUUUAAAGAAAAAAAGCACUGGGGAGGGGCAUGGCUGGUGGUGGGGAACAAGGUUUAGCUAGACAAGACUGCAAGAUGGGGCAAUCUUAUCUCUUAUUCCUCCUUCCCCCAAUCUUAUAGGUAAGUUGCUUCUGCCCUGUAAUUUUCCCUUUCUGCUUUGGCAGCAAGCGUAGAACAAAGAGCAGCGGAUGUGGAGGGCAUGGCCAGGGAAUCACAGGAUCCUAGAGUUGGAAGGGAUCCUGCGGGUCAUCUAGUCUAACCCCCUGCAAUGCAGGAAUAUGCCGCUGCCCCAUACGCGGAUCGAACCCGUUUUGCCAUUGCCGCUGCCGAGUUUCGUACCUAAUCUUUUAAUCGGCGUCUUAUUUUUUUUCUUAUCACUCUUCCUACUUCUUUGGGUAAGCUGCCCUGGGAACCUUUCUAGGGGGCGAGAUAAAAAAAAAAUCCUUCGAGCGAAGAAGGCAGGCUCAGCCUCGGAAUCUUGUUUUCAGUACCAAACCGACGGGAAUCUAGUAAUACAUAGGGAAAGACCAAGACGGUGUCUCUGCGCACGUGCAGAGCGUGAAUCCCUCGCCGCUGAGUUUUAUCUCUCCGUGUGUUUUGCAAUGGCUUCCGGAAGAGGAAUUCUUCAGAAGUGAAGCGGUGCGCCGGGGUUGAGGCGGGCCGGCGGAGGUCGCCUCCCCUUCGCCGGGGGGCAGAGUCCCCCACGUGGGCAGGAGAUGGUUAACUGCAGCCUGACACCCAGCCCCCUUUUGUUUCCUGUAAGUGACACCCAGGCACCCGUAGCCAAUGGCUGGGCGGUGUAACAGGAGCUGCGGAGCUGUCCCUGGGGGAGGCCUCUCCGCGUCUUCGAUGGGCUCCAGAAACUUUCCUCCGCCGCCCUCCUUUCACUCUCCCCAGCUCCUCUGCGCCCCCACUUUUACUUCCUCCCGGCCCUUCUGCAUAUCCUCCCCUUCGGGAUCCGACCCCUGCGAAAAAGGAAGCACGCCCCGACCUCCUCCCGAGCACUUUCCAUGACCCUCGGGGCGCCUGCGAGAACCCCACCCCCUUGCCCCAGCCUGCUCCCUCCCUCUCUCCGAUCUUCCUCUUUUGUGCUUCUGCUGUUUUAACCCCAUCCUUCCGCUGACACUUUGCCAGCCGCGCUCCCCGCUCUCCCCCCCAUUCCACUGUCAGCCCCGUUCUUGACCCAUCCACCCCCGCUUUCUGUGCUGAUGAUAUCGCACCAAUCCUGCACCUUGCCUUCUUGCUGGCGCGCUGCCCUUUCUCCACCCCGCGCUGCAACCUGUCCAUUCUUGUGCCAGUGCGUUUGCUGAAUUUUCUGAAUCUAGCGCUGCUGCUGCCUUCCUUUGCGUGCGCCCACCCUGCAACCCUCGCUGAUGCUGCUUGGAAACCUCCUUCGCCUGCUGCCCUUGCUCCCUGGGUUAAGACGCUCCCUCUGGACAGAGUAAGUGAGAUGCCUCGCUCUUCCUACUUCUCUUGACUUUUGCUUAGCACCCCACCACCUCCCUCCUUCCUCGGUUCUGCUUCUUUACCUCCAGGGUGCGUGUAGUCGAACUACUACACCACUCUGGGUCUAUGUACACAGCUUAAAACGCAGCCUGGUCUUGCCUUGCUCCUCUCUCUUCCUUCUACUACAUCAACCCCUAAACAGCUUGGCUUGGCUGCAGUGCAUUUCCUUUCUGAAGCUCUUCUGUAAGCUCUGGGGCCCUUUGUCCAUCCCCUGAGGUUAUCAGUUGCCACCCCCACCCAGACCCUCCACUCCAACCAGCAGGUCUCUGCAGCCUCAGAUAGCAAGGCUGUGUACACACUCCUGUUUACUCUGCAUCUAGUGUACUCCCACCCCAGGUUUGGGAAGUGGUGUGUGCAUGAGGUUAGCCACAAGCCUUAUCUAUCCACCCCCCCUUGUUUCUUACGAAAUACUGCAUUUUGAUCCAUUCACCCCCUCCCCCAAACCAGCUUUGAUCCAAACUGAGGAAAAUAAUGACCUCCGCUGUGUUUUAAGCCGCUAAUUACACAGCCCCAGUGUGGUUUAGUAGUUAGAGUGCUGGACUUAAAAUAGAGGAAAGAGCCAGGUUGAAAUCCUCACUCAGCUGUGAGCCACAGGCAGGUGGCCUUGAGCCAUCUAAUCUCACAACGUAACCUACCUCACAGGGUUGUUAGAAUAAAAUAGGGAGGCCUGUGUAUACUGUUUGUAGCUCCUUGUAGGAAGAGUGGCAUUCUUUUUUUUAAGGGGUUGAUGGUGGUGGUUAUAAUACCCCGCCCAUCUAGCUGGGUUUCCCCAGCCACUCUGGGCAGCUUAAAGCACAUAUUUAAAACCAGUAAAAUGUCAAAUAUUAAAAACUUCCUCAUACAGGGCUUCAUCCAGAUGUCUUCUAAAAGUUAUGUAGUUCUUUAUCUCCUUGACAUCUGAUGGGAGGGCGUUCCACAGGGCGGGCGCCACCACCGAGAAGACCCUGUGCCUGGUUCCCUGUAACCUCACUUCUCGCAGUGAGGGAACUCCCAGAAGGCCCUCGGAGCUGGACCUCAGUGAAUGAUGGGGGUGGAGAUGCUCCUUUGUGUAUACUGGGCCGAGGCCGUUGAUGGGAAAAUAAAAGUCAUCCCAGUUGCUCUCUUAUCCCAUGCCAUAGGAUGGCCCUGCUAAACCAAUAGCUCCUGCCUCCAGCUCUCUGCAUGGUGCUGGAAGUGGGCAUAGAUAGUUUUCUUCUGAGCUGGGUGCCUCUUGGGCUGAGGGUCCCGUGGGAGGGACAGGAAGGGAACGCUUCCAUCCUGAUGGGCCUGGUUGUCUUUGGCAGAUGCUGAGCCCCACGUACAAGCAGCGCAACGAGGAUUUUCGCAGGAUCUUCAAGGGACUGCCUGAAACGGAGCGGCUUCUUGUAGGUGAGAGACAGGAGGAGAAGGGCGGUGCAGGGAGGCUAUGCCAAACGGUGGGAUCCAAAGUAGGUGGUGAAUGAGGUGUAUCAGCAGGCCUACAUGUGAUGGUUGAUAGUGUGGAGCUGGGGUGGGGAGCCUGUGGUGGCCCUCCAGGUGUUGUUGGACUCCAACUCCCAUCAGUCCCCAUGGGGCCAAGGAAGAUGGAAGGACAGCAACUUCUUGAGGGCUUCCACAAACUCUAUCUUUGCUGCAGUAGAUGAUAGAGGAGAUCAGAGUUGGUGACAGCCACAGCAUGCAUUUAAAGCACAUGACAGUCCCCAGUACCCUUAACAAACAGCAGUUCCCAGGCUUCUCUGGGGGGAAGCAACAUGCUUUAAAUGCAUGAUGAGACCAAAGACUUAUUUGAGAACUGGUUUGAUGCUUCUCUGUGCAGAGUUACGAUUUCUGGAGAAUUUGAAAGCACAGGGAGGGCAAAAUCCAUUUGUCCCGUUGUAAGCAAGGGAGGGGAGAUAAAUGGUUUUGUUGUUGUUGUUUUUAAGUGCAAAUUGAAAUAUCUUUCUCCCUUGCAAUAUUAUUACCUGACAAGCAUUUUUAAAAGAUUGUGCAAAGAUUGUGCGCUUCACUUCUCUUGGCCCAGAACCAGGGUGCAAACUUAAGCAUGCCUGACAUAAUGCACAUUCAAAGGCAGUUAGUCUCUGAAGGCUCUAGCCUUUGGCUGUGUGAGAGAGAUCAUUUUGUAGAACGUGUUCUUUUCUAAUUUCGUAUUUGUCAUGAUUAGGAUGCGAGAGAGGUUUCCUUGCAGUUUCUUGCAUUUUAGGUUCUCUUGUCUUUCCUGUCCAUCCUUUAAGUUCUCCUUGCUGAGGAUUCCACUCCUGUCAAAAUGUAUAAAGGAAUUAUAGUUGGAAUUUAGAUUAGCCCCUACCCUCCCCGUCUGUAAGUAUAGAUCCAAUUGGCCCCGUUCACAGGUUGGAAGAGAAAUUCAUUGUGACACCCCCGCUUUAUUCACAGCCUGAUCUCUCCUACAUAUCUUUUUUCUGCACUAGCAGGCUUGCUGAUUCCUAUUUCUGGACACCUCAUAAAUUGCCUCUUUGUGCCAAUCAGCACAAAAAAGCUUACAAAUGAGCUGAGUGCCAGUUUAAUGGUCUAGAGUAGACUUGUUCCCCAAGACACCGGAGAACUGUAGUUUGAUGAAGAUGCUGGGAGUUGUGUGUGUGUGUUUAAAUGCAACCCUUAGCCUAAUUUCAUGUGGGUAUCAAGAAAGGGGGAAAUGGGGAAAAGGAGAGAGGCAGGGAAAAUGGGAUCUCUCUCUCUCUCUCUCUCUCUCUCUCUCUCUCACACACACACACACGAAGGGAGGUGGCAUAAGGAAAGGGAAAGGGGAGUGAUGGAGAGAACGAGAAAGGGGUUGCAGAAGGAGAAAAGGGGUGUCCCACCCAGUUUUUGCUCUAGUCGUCCUAACCACUGCCAGCACAUGGCUCCCAGCACAUUACCCCUGAGGAAAUGUGGCCCUUGGCAGAAAGAAGGUUCCCCACUCCUAGGUUAGAGAGUCCUUCACAAAACAGUUGUCCUUUAUCCACAGAACAAUGGAACAACUAUUAAAUCAGUUAAAGCCUCUGGUUUUGAAGUGUCCUGUUUAGUCACCUGCAACCAUUCUGAUGUCCUGUCUCUAGAAUAAGUGCUCUAAAGGACAGACUGCUCCCGUAUCAACCUGCCAGUAAAUGCAGGUCACCUGCCCACGCGCUCCUCUGGGUGCGCCAAUGUCAGAUGUGAGGCAGGGGAGUGACCACAGAGAGGGCGUUUCUGGCUGCUGAGCCUCACAUGGGGAGCUCCCUUUGAAAUGAGGCGAUGCCUUCUUUGUUAUUGCUUAGGCACCAGUUUUUUUUCUUCACCUAGACUUUUUAGAGACGUGGGCUGUUUUUAACCAAGCUUUGCAUCUGCUUUGUUACUGCAGCUUUAGUCGCUGUGUUGCUGUGUUUUUAUGUGAUUGCAACCUAUCCCAAAAGAAAACAGUAAGGCUGAGCAAUAUAUUUUGGAAAAUGAAAUGAAAACAGAGCAGCAAAAGAUGAGUGGCAGCGUAAACUGCCGGGAUACGCGGAAUUAGCUGGUAUGACUGACAUAAUAAGAAACUGAGAUGAUAAAAGGUUCAAGGAGGAUUGGCCAUUAGACUAUAUGAAAAACCAUUAUAGCAAGAUAAUUAACCUAUCAGGGUGAGAAUAACUCAGUUAUAUCAUGAGAUAAGGAGAAGGAGAGAGAGAAAACUGAGAAGAACAAGAAGACGUGGAUAGGUGGGGAAUAGAUAGGAAACCAUGGAAAGAGGGUGAGGGAAGUAUAUGAAAAGAUGUACUCUUAUUAUUAUUUCUUUUUGAAUGUAACAGUUUAUGUAUUAAUGCUGAAUUGUAACAGAAAAGCAAAUAAAAAAUUAAAAACAGAGCAGCCUUGGGUCAGUGCCCAGCAGCUGUGGCCUUCAUCCCCCUUAUCAACAGGAUUGGUCUCCCCACAAGCCUGCUGCUGCUCCCCCAAUCCCCCCCCGACUCUGCCUUGAACCCAAACACUUGCUCUCAGCAGCUGACGUCUCCCCUCUCCUCAGAUUACUCCUGUGCGCUGCAGCGUGACAUCUUGCUUCAAGGGCGCCUUUACCUAUCGGAGAACUGGAUCUGCUUCUACAGCAACAUCUUCCGAUGGGAGACCACGGUGAGUGCCUUGGCAAUGUAGCCUAGGGAGAGAUGGGUCAGGUACGCAGGCGAGCCCCUUUGCCUUCCCCCCUGCUGCCACUGAUCCCUGUUAUGUCACUCGUCCGCAACAGAUCUCCAUCCAGCUGAAGGAGGUGAAAUGCAUCAGGAAGGAGAAGACGGCCAAGCUGAUCCCCAACGCGAUUCAGAUCUGCACAGAGACCGAGAAGGUGAGCCGGGUGUGUGUGCUUUGGGCUGACUCCCGUGUUAUGCAUAUUCCAGAUCUGGACUGGGGAACCUGUGGCUCUCCAGGUGCCUAGAACAUAAAAGGAGGCACCUGCUGGAACAGGCCAAAGAUCUUUCGAGUCUCCAACAGUGGCCAGCGGGAAAGGACCAGUGGCCAAUUCUGGCAAAGCAGCUGGGAUUCUUGCAAAUAAUUCUAGGCUAGGUAGGCCUUGGUGUGAUCGAGCUGGGCAUUUCUAGUGAUCUUUAGACAAAGGGUGGUGUGGACAUUUAGCAGACAAUAAUAAUUUCUAAAAUUCUUAAGCCAAGAAUGCAGUUCUCUAAGACCACCGAAUACAGAUUUCUUGGGUUGCAGCUGUUUGUAGAUCUUCAGCGUACGUUCUUGCUUUGUAAACGUUAUGACACGCUGUUAUAUUAUUUACUUAAAUAGUCACAAGCCACACUUCCACCAAAAUACAGUAAGACGGUAUACGGCAUGCAAAACUGAAAUAAGACCUCCAUCUCCACACGCGCACCCUGCAGGUCAACUUUGACCGGUGGGCGGAGCCACCUACCUGUCAGUUGCUCGGCAUCAUCAUGACAUUAGAUGGUAAACAUUGUGGUAGCACCAUCUACCUGUCAGUGUUUGCCCAUGGGGGUGUUUGCUGGCCAGCCAAUCCAAUAAUAUUUCCCACCUGCUAUUUCUGACGAUGCCAGGGACCUUCUGUAUCCAAAGCUUGCACUUUCCCACUGAGCUGUGUUCCCACCUGGUAAGGUGGAAGGCGGCUCACCCCUGUGCCAGCUGAUAUUCUGCUCCCUGUGUGAUAGUUGCAGCUUGCUUUGCACAGUUCCGGUCAUGGUGCCCUUCCCAACAUUACUGAGUUUCCAAUGGCCAUUUUGAAGCUGUGCAUGAGUGCACAUGUGCAUGAGGAAAACCUGGUUUCUGGAGCUGUGAAGGGGAGCUGUGAGGAAGUGCCCUGCCCUCGGCUUCCUCUUCCUCCUCCUCCUCCUCUGACCUGCCUCCCUAAGGUCUUGGACUUUUGUUCUCCGUGUGAAUCUCAUGCCAGUGGAUAUGAUCCUAAUCAUAUCUGUGUGCUCCGCUUCCUGCUAACCUUUGUGCCCCAGCAACAUAGAAGUGCAAGGGCACAGGACGUGAGAGAUGAGCCUUGUUGCCUCCUCCUGUUCAAAACAAGCUCACAGCCCUAGGCCUCGCCUCCAGCCCACAGUUGCUGGUUUGCACCCUGACCCAACAGUUCCCGUCCUCCUCACCCCACCCUUCAGCUAAAGUUUAAUCAGUGUCUGGACAGGCUGUGCUCCGCAGAGAUUAAUCUUUGCAGAGUGUGCAGCCUUUUAUUUUCCUAGACAUCUCCUAUGUCCCUGCUUCUGAUACGUUAUCUCAGCUAGAGGGGCAAUGCCCCGCAAAAGCAAAAGGGAAAAGAACAUCGGGUGACUCUCGGGUGUGCCUCUGGAACAGUUCAUGUGAGCUAGUUGCCUCUUAAUAGCAUUUAAUUGCUUUUGUUAUACUUAACAGUAGAAUCAUAGAAUCGUAGAGCUGGAAGGGACCCCCAAGAUCAUCUGGUUCAACCCGCUGCAAUGCAGGAAUCUCUACUAAAGCAUUACUGACAGAUAGUCAUUCAACCUCUGCUUAAAAACCUCCAGGGCAGGAGAGUCCACCACCUUCUGCAGGAAGUCUCGUUCAUUUCAUGUGCUCUGUGGAUUUCAGGAUUCUAACUCACCUUAUCAACUGUUGAUAGACAGCUAUCAGGAUGUAGUCAUUGCAGGCAAUUAGUCCAGAGCACAAGUGUGGCUAGUAAAAGGGUGAACUUUGAUAAUGACAUUGAGAUGAGACAAAGACAUGAGCUGGCUGGCCAGAUCCUGGGAUCCCCGAUCCCUGGUGGGCCAUUUUGGCAGGUGAAUGGACCCCCAUAACCUGUCUGAUCAAAUGGUAUCACGUCGACUCAUUUCCCACCCACCCCUAUGUCUCAUGGCAAGCAGUAUUGCAAAGGAUAAUCCAAGCAAAGCAAAACUUUGAGGUUGAUAGGUGAUGAUACCAACACUUGCUUUCUGCACUUUUAUCAGCACCCCCCAUACUGGGUUCCCCAUGUUGUUGGGCUCCCAGCAGUGCCAGCCAGCAUGGUCAGUGGCCACAGAUGAUGAGAGUUGGUGCCCAACAACAUCUGAACGACUGCAGGUUCCUCAGCCCUGCUGUGCAACGACAGCAUGUGCUCAACUUGUAGGUAGAAGCUAUGAAUAUUCACCUUGAUCCCACUGAUCUUGGGGCACUGAUCUCAGGCUCUCUCUUCACUUGCCGUUCCCAGCAUUUCUUCACCUCAUUCGGGGCCCGUGACCGCUGCUUCAUGCUGAUCUUCCGCCUCUGGCAGAAUACGCUCCUGGAUAAGGUAAGAACGGACCCAUUGCUCCUGCAGAAACAACCUAGGAUACGGCAGCUUGAAGCUCAGUCCUUGCUAUAUUUCAGCACUGGAGUUUCAGAUCUUGUCAUUUAUUUUUUAUUUUUUCUUGUAUGUCCCUGUCUCUGUGUGAGUGAAGCCUCUGCCCAGUUUCUGAAAAUAGGAACCAGAUGUUUAGUGUUGGGGGGGGGGUAUGUGUUGCAUGUAUCUGUGUCAGGACUAAACAGAUAAGCCUGGACUGAUUUUGCCCUGUUCAUCCAAGCUCUUCAACUGCAGUGCUUUUUCUCUUUUCUAAUGCUGUGCUCUCCUCCCAGACGUUGUCCCCUCAAGAGCUCUGGCACAUUGUCCACCAAUGCUAUGGCUCUGAACUCGGCCUCACCAGUGAGGAUGAUGAUUACGUCUCUCCCAUCGAUGAUAUCAACGGUUUGGGGUGAGUGUACACUGCCCUGCAGACACCAUAAUGCGUCCCCACCCUAACUGCAGUGUAACUACAAGGAUGCCAGGGGAGAUAGGAUAAAAUACAAGGUUGCAUUCUACUGAGUCAGGCUAAUGGGUGCACCUAGCCCAGUGCUGGCUGCACAGAUUGGCAGCACCUCUUCAGAGUCUCAGGCGAGGAUCCUUCUCCUAGUUCUGCUUGCUCCAAGCCUCUUACCUGGGCGUGCUUGUGCAGCAGUUUUGUCUCAACCCCCUUCCAAAUUUGAAUCAAGGCAUGGUCCGAGCGUUGCCCACAUUCUCACUUGUAAGAGAAAGUCUCUUCCCUCUCUCCCAAGAUAAUGUGUGCGCAAGAGAAAGAGAGCAUUCACACACCAUUAAUGUAGAGGCCAUUAAUGUGGCCCUCCAGGCUUUGCUGGACUGCAACUCCCUUCAGUAGAAUACACUGCAGUCUGUGUUUGUGUGUGGUGUUCCCAACAGUUCCUCCAGUUUGCAAAUGUGCCCAUAGGCCCCCAAAAAGUUGGCAAACCCAGGCUCAGGAAUGCUGAGUCAGCCCCACCCAGUGGCUGAAGUUGCCACUAAGUUGAUUGUGGACAUGGGCGGGGGCCCUUGUGCAUUCUGACUCCUUUUUUUAGGCCAGCCUUUUUCGCCCAGGGCUUCUUUUUGAACCCUCCCUCCUCCUUGUCUCUACAUUUCCCUGGCUCUUCUUUCCAACAGAAGCCCGAAAGAGACUGGGGAUGUCAUUGACCUGAGCGACUUGACUUCCCGCUGCAGCACGGACCUCAAGCUGGACACCAGCCCCCUCCUUGACAAAAGGGACGCCAGUCAGAGCAUCAACUCGCUGGCCAGCAGUAGUGACGGGACCACCUCGGUGAGGAUGGCGGGGUUCGGAUAUGGGGGCCAUUUGAACGUCUCUUCUUGUACCUUUUUGCCAAAAUCUGCCUCUCUGUGUUUCCCACCCAUUGGUCUCUGGAGCAGCAGAGAACAUUCUGGAAUCUUCCCCCAGAAUGCUCUGCAACAUGCAAGGGUUCUGCUGUAGCCCAAGCAACAAAGGAAUGGUUCCUUGAGGAAGCUUGAAAUACACGUAAAGGUGUAGGAAGAGGCAAGUGGAGGACCGUGGAAAGUUUCCUCACUAAUUAAAAUAAAACAUGUCCAGGAAAUGAGUGCAAAUUAAAUCAGAUCAAGGGAUUUUAUCUCACGUAAUAAAACCGUUCCUUCCCUGCUUGCUGCCAAAACAGAUAAAUGUUUCAAGAUCUGGAGUAUUUUUAGAAGUCCAGUUCUGUGAGAUUGCUUUUUUCACGGCCAAAAAGACUCUCUCUCUGUAUCUGUAAUUGUUGUUUAGUCAAGCCCUACAGAGCUGGGAAAUGUCCAAGAAUAGCAUCCAGAGGGAGCCCUCAAAACGAAGUUGACAUACCUAAACACUUCCUGCUAAAAUAGUUUUAUGAUUUUACUUCCCGAUAAUGUAAGACGUUUCAGGAAAAUGACAGGCUUUUGAACUACUUCAGAACACAUUCCCUCCCCUUAAAAGGAAACUGAGCUAGAGAUCUUGUCUCGAGAAUGGCCAGCACUCUGGCUAACUACAGUUCCUGGGAUUCUUUAGCAUGAAGCCGUGAGGCUAAGAUUGGUUUACGACUGAUGUGCUAGUAGUUUAGAUAUGCUCUGAGCCUGUAAGAAAAUAUGCUACCUAAAGUUUCCAAAGGAGGUAGCUUUGUUAAUAACAAACGCCAUAAGGAACUUUGUGGCACCUUAAAGACAACAGAUUUAUUGUGUCAUGGGCUAGAGUCCAUUUUAUCAGGUGCCACAAUAAAACUUGUUAGCAGUCAUGAUAAAUAUUUAAAAAAAACAACAGAAAGAAAAAUGAUUGUCAGGAUUCCACAGGAGAUACAUGAGUUUUAUUAGAGGUAGGGAAGCGGAACGGUUAAGAAAUUGUUACUGCUCAAUGCAGCUGCUCAAGAUUUAAGCUACCCAGCCAUGCCCUUUUCCAAGGUACUCCAUUCCAUUUCCACUCCUUGGUUUUCCGUUUUCACACUCUCCAGCAUCAGUCGCUGUUCUGCAGCACUGAGCAAGCUCAUUCCUCUUUUAGCUGUGUCCCCCAACCCCUGAUAUCUCUGCAUGGAUUUUGAAUUUUGGGUACAUAAGAAUGGAUAGGUUCCCAAAGAGCGUGCUUGCUGUUCGUAUGUAGGAUUCCAUGAUCUGCGUUUAAUUUGCAGCUGUACAAAAAUUUAGCUGUACUACAUUCCAAUUCAUGCCAUCCAGACUUCUAUUGCAUGCAAGCUGUCAAAAUACCAUCAGGCAUCAGCUGCUGUCCCCCCCCCGCCAGAUGUCAGGUGCUGAUGCUCAAUGCCAAAUACGCAACCAGUAUUCCCAUGUCUGGAAAACAUCUGGAGAAUUUUUUGCCCACUCGAAAAAGAGCAAACUCCUCAAGUGUGUCACUAACUGUGCCCAUCCACUUCCUUCCAGCUGGCAGAGGACCCAGAUGAGAACACUGACAGCCAAGUGGAUGCCUCUUCCAGCCACACAGUGACCUCAGCAACAGAACCUCCCAGGGACGAUUUGCCACAAGGGCCGCCAAUGUCCCCCCUGGAGGGGGACCCACUCCCCAGCGAGGAGCUCCCCACGGACAUGAGCAAUUCUUCCUCCUCAACGCAAGAUGAAGGUGAGGGCAGCCUCCCCCCCCCCACUCUAUGUUAAAUGGGGUGUGUGUGUGAAUUGUCGUAUGCAGAUAAUAUGCAAAUUUGUGUUAUGGGCCCCGUGCCCUGACUCUUCUAAGUACCUAGCGGUGCCCCUGCUGCACUUGAAGCAGGCAGAGGGCCUUCUCAGUAGUGGUGGAAUGCCCUUCCAUCAGAUGUCAAGGAAAUAAACAACUAUCUUGAGUUUCAGAAGACAUCUGAAGGCAGCCCUGUUUUAGGAAGUUUUUAAUGUUUGAUUUUUUAAUCACUUUUUUAAUUAUUAUUAUUAUUAUUAUUAUUAAUACAAUGGAACCUCGGGUUUCAAACGUGAUCUGUGCGGGAGGCAUGUUUGCAACCUGCAGCGUUCACAACCUGCAGCGCUGCGUUUGUGCAUGUGUGUGACGUGAUUCUGUGUUUCUGCGCAUGCGCAAAGCCCAGAAGUAACCCAUUCCGGUACUUCCGGGUUCGGCGCGUCUGUAACCCGAAAAGGCGCAACCCGCAGCGAUCGCAACCCGAGGUAUGAGUGUAUUCUGUUGGGAGCUGCCUAGAGUGGCUGGGGAAACCCAGCCAGAUGGGCGGGGUAUAAAUAAUAAAUUAUUAUUAUUAUUAUUAUUAUUAUUAUUAUUAUUAUUAAACUCUUUUCUCCUUCUCCUCAAGCUGAGGUGGACGCUUUCUUUUCGGACCUGCCGGGGCGGUUGCUCAUCAACACCGUUUAUCAUGUUGGAGCCGAAAGGCUGCAGCAGAUGCUCUUCAGCGACUCCCAGUUCAUACACGGCUUCUUGGACCAGCGCAAGUUCAAAGGUAAGGAGGGCACGGGGACGCCUGCAAAGCUACAUCCUCCCUUGUCGUUCAGGAGCAGGGUUUGGGAGGAUGUUUCAAGCUGUAAAACAGUGGAUGCUGCCAAUAUCUGUCAUUCUUCAUCACUUAGACCCAAAUCCAUUUUGCAACACUGUCUUUUCGCCCCGAUCCCAAUUUACAGGAGGGAGGGCCACAGCUCAGUAACAAAGAGCCUCUGUUUUGCACACAGAAGUUCUCUGGAUCAAUCCUCAGCUUCCUUAGAUAGUGCUGGGGAAAGUUCCUAAAUGGAAUCCUUCAGAGCCACUUCCAUGUCCUGAGAAAUUUAUAUAUAUAUAUCUCCUGCCCAUCUGGCUGGGUUUCCCCAGCCGCUCUGGGUGGCUCCCAACAGAAUUAAAAGCACAAUAAAACACCAGACAUUAAAAGCUUCCCUAAACAGGGCUGCCUUCAGAUGUCUUCUAAAAGUCAGAUAGUUGUUUGUUUCCUUGACAUCUGAUGGGAGGGUGUUCCACAGGGCAGGUGCUACCACCGAGAAGGCCCUCUGCCUGGUUCCCUGUAAUUUUGCUUCUCGCAGUGAGGGAACCGCCAGAAGGCCCUCGGAGCUGGGUGGAGGCACUCCUUCAGAUGCAGUAUACUCGAGGCCGCUUAGGGCUUUAAAUAUCAGCACCAACAUUUUGAAUUGUGCUCGGAAACAUACUGGGAGCCAAUGUAGGUCUUUCAGGACCUACAGGGCAGGGGGCAAGCGAUUCUUAAAAAACUUAGCACUGCAUGAUUUGUGUAUUGAUCUUAAAACUUUCACAUACUGUUUCCCCCACUCCGUUUUUUUCAAAAGCACAAUAACGAAGGAAUUCCUCCUCUUUAUAUGUCCCCUUUUCUCCUGCAGAUGUGGCGCUGACUUCGUGGACUGGCGACAACAAGUGCCACCAAAGCCGCAUCAUCUCCUACACAAUCCCCAUCACCAACCCGUUGGGCCCCAAGGCUGCAGCUGUAGUGGAGACUCAGGUGUGGAUGUGCAAAAGCAUCUUCUUCUUUUUUAAAAAGAAGACGGUGCGGGAGGGGAGCGUUCCCUUUUUAUAGCGAGCUGACUGGAUUUCAAAAAGCCUUUCGGCAAUUGCUUCCUCAGAACCGUUGACUAAACAAAGAGGGGGGGCGAUAAUAAUAAUAAUAAUAAUAAUAAUAAUAAUAAAAUUAAAUUUUAUUUAUAUCCCGCCCUCCCCAGCCGAAGCCGGGCUCAGGGCGGCUAACAACAAUAAAACAGUACAAAAGUACAGCAUAAACAACAGUCUAAAAUCAUUCGUUAUAUAUAUUCGUUAUAUAUAUUCGAUGAAUAGUAAGUACAGUGGUACCUCGGGUUACAGACGCUUCAGGUUACAUGCGCUUCAGGUUACAUACGCUUCAGGUUACAGACUCCUCGGGUUAAGAACUUUGCUUCAGGAUGAGAACAGAAAUCGUGCGGCGGCAGCAGGAGGCCCCAUUAGCUAAAGUGGCGCUUCAGGUUAAGAACAGUUUCAGGUUAAGAACGGACCUCCAGAACGAAUUAAGUACCGUAUUUUUUGCUCUAUAACACUCACUUUUCCCCUCCUAAAAAGUAAGGGGAAAUGUGUGUGCGUCUUAUGGAGCAAGUGCAGGCUGCACAACUAUCCCAGAAGCCAGAACAGCAAGAGCGAUUGCUGCUUUCACUGUGCAGUGAUCCCUCUUGCUGUUCUGGCUUCUGAGAUUCAGAAUAUUUUUUUUCUUGUUUUCCUCCUCCAAAAACUAGGCGCGUCUUGUGGUCUGGUGCGUCUUAUAGAUUGAAAAAUACGGCACUUAACCCGAGGUACCACCAUACAGUGAACCUACACAUUACGUGCAUUUGACUUGCGUGAUUUCAACCAUACGUGGAUGAAGGCAGUCUGGUUGAGGGGAAAUGUCUGAAGUCCCAGGCAAGGCUUGCUUGGCUUCUGGGAAUUUCCUGCACCAUCUUGUAAAAGCCAGAGAGCACACCAAGUGGGCCUUGCCUUGGAAGGAAGGAAGGCCGAGAGCUCAAAAAUUCUUUUCGUGCCAGGUCCACUUGGAGUUACCUGGUGCAAAAAGAGCUUUUUAAAUUUUUUAUUUAUUUAUUUGGUUUUUCAGAUUAAAAUUUUACAGUCACAUAUCCAACAUACAACAUAAAAACAAGAUUCCGAGGAAUCUCUUGGACUUCCUUCUCCCCUUUGUGGGUCUUAUUGUUAAUCAUUUCUUUCUGCAUCUUUUAUAAUAAUCCAAAUCUUUUAUCUCUCCAUUGUAUCCAAAAUGCCCCAUUAAACUCCCAAGUGAUAUUCCAAUCCUCCUAACGAUUUUAACUGUUUACAGUGGCCUUUAAGAUAAGUUAUAAAUUUUCCCCAUUCCUUAUUAAAAUUUUGGUGUUCCUGAUUUCUGAUUCUUCCAGUCAUUUUAGCCAUUUUCGGCAUAAUCUGUCAACUUGAUCUGCCAUUCUUCUCUGGCAAAGGGACCCCUGACCGUUAGGUCCAGUCGUGGCUGACUCUGGGGUUGCGGCGCUCAUCUCGCUUUAUUGGCCGAGGGAGCCGGCGUACAGCUUCCGGGUCAUGUGGCCAGCAUGACUAAGCUGCUUCUGGCGAACCAGAGCAGCGCACGGAAAUGCUGUUUACCUUCCCGCCGGAGCGGUACCUAUUUAUCUACUUGCACUUUGAUGCGCUUUCAAACUGCUAGGUUGGCAGGAGCAGGGACCAAGCAAUGGGAGCUCACCCCGUCACGGGGAUUCGAACUGCCGACCUUCUGAUCGGCAAGCCCUAGGCUCUGUGGUUUAACCCACAGCGCCACCCACGUCCCUCUUCUCUGGUAGGGACAUGCAAAAAGAGCUUUUAAGCUCCUCCCCUUUCCUCUCUAGCAAGGUCCCCCCUCAGUGUGCCAUGUGAGCAGCGCAGUGGCUCUUGGGCGUGGUGGGGCUGCUCUGACUUCCUAUGAGAUCUCACAAGAGGAUGCUCAUCACUUCUGAGAGCCAGCGUGCCUCCGGCCAAAGGAUGUGCCAAGCACGAAUUACUUCCUCACCAGCCACCUUACAGAAGGCUGACUGGCUAUCCACACGUCAACUCCACAGGUUUUCUUUGUCUGUGAGCGAUUUUCACAUACACAGGUGUCCCUCCACUUAACGCGAGGGUUACGUUCCAGGGCCCCGUGCGCAGAAGUGAAAUUAUGUAAAAUUGGGGGCACCCUCUAAGCACCCUUUAAACACCCUCCCUGCUGCUCUCUUCGUACUAAAAAUACUGUAUCCAAAAAUAUCCACAAACAGAAUUGAAGCUCUGGGGUGGGCAGGAGGCCGGAGGACGCACAGAAAAGUGGCUGCGGCUGUUGUGCUACCUCACACCCCAGCUGCUAGGCAGUUAGGCUGAGCAGCAUAAACAAAGCCCUGCUGUGCCUCUUCAAGGCUUCCUCCGCCUUCACUGCUGUCCUCUUCAGGCUCCAACUCUCUCCCAUCAUUUCCGGAUUUAAAUUGAAUUAUUUAAUUCUUUCCUGACACUGCAUGUGCGCACAGUCCAGUCACACGUAAGGGAGGGGAUGACCGUACACAUUACCCCUGGAACUGAUCCCAGGCAUAAGAUGCGAUUCUUCUGUACCGAGGGAAGUAAAAUGCAAAAAGUACAGAUAGUGAAAUUCAAGAUAAACAAGGUUACCCUUUGCACCAGAGAUGACCGGUGAUAAAACAAUCCCAUUUGGCAAUCUGAGUUAAUUACCACCUAUAUCGGAAAGAAAGCCAUUGCCUCUAUUCAGACCAAAAUGAAGAGUCUGACUCCUUGAUGAAUUGUAGCUCAGCAGUUUUGUACCACAGCUUCCCUUUCAAAUUAGUGGACUUGAGUGUGGCUAAGUCAAGAUCAGUGGCAGACCGUCCAGAUAAACUGAAAUGUUCCCCUGCAGGUUGUAUAAAUAUUGUCAUUUCUGUGGUGAUUUUCGCGCAGGGCGGUUUGCGCCCUGUGUUUGUCCUCACAGUCAGGGCUGGCCCAAGGCAUUUUGGCACCUGAAGCAAACCACAAAAUGGCGUCCCCACCCCCUGGCCAGGAAAGAAGGGGCGAGUGAGGAUGUACAUCAGGAAUAAGGGAGGAAUAAAGAUCCACGUCUGGAACAAGGGUGGGAGGGCACCACCAAUGCCUCCUCUUCAUCAAAAGGCUGCUGUAGAGGCAACAACUGUUGUUGCCACAGCAGCAGGGGCAGCAGCAGCAGGUGAUGCACUCCUUGGAUCUGCUGCCUCUUAGGAUCCUACCGCCUAAGGCGGUUGCCUCACCUUGCCUCAUGGGUUGGCCGGCCCUGCCCACAGUUCAUUGAUCAGUUCUCCUUGGUGCAUUUGGUUCUGAACAGAGAGAACGGCCUUCCUUCUCACUACAGUGGUACCUCUGGUUAAGAACUUAAUUCGUUCUGGAGGUCCGUUCUUCACCUGAAACUGUUCUUAACCUGAGGUACCACUUUAGCUAAUGGGGCCUCCCACUGCCACCACGCAAUUUCUGUUCUCAUCCUGAGGUAAAGUUCUUAACCUGAGGUACUACUUUCAGGUUAGCAGAGUCUGUAACCCGAAGUGUCUGUAACCCGAGGUACCACUAUACAGAUUUCGGUUAACUCUCUUUCCCGAGUUCAUUCUUUUACCACCUAUUGCUGCUGUCAUAAAGGGUCACCAGGCUUACUUUGUAUAGUUCUGAAUCAUCACUCUCUGUAUUUCUUCAGUUUAACUUCCUGUCCUGUCACUGCUUACUACCCCCUUCGUACCACAAUAUGUAUGCAUCUAAACCUACAUAUAGUCACAUUGACAGCAUAUAUUUAAAGCACAUUGCUUCCCCCAAAGAAUCUUGAGAACUGUAGAUUACCCCUCACAGAGCUACAAAUCCCAGCAUCCUUAACAAACUACAAUACCCAGGAUUAUUUGGGGGAAACCACGUGCUUUAGGCAUGUUAAAUGUGCUUUAAAUGUAUGCUGUGGGUGUUGAGAUAGAUAGAUAGAUAGAUAGAUAGAUAGAUAGAUAGAUAGAUACGCAUUAGUCCAUGGAAUCUUAUGCUGUAAUAAUUUUUUUAAGCUUUGAAAGUGCCACAAGACUUUGCCAAGUUUGCUGCAAGCAAGUUAAGGCGGCUGCCCUUCUGUAAAAUGUGUGCAUGACUGCAGAACUCACAGGUCUUUCUUCUCCCCUUUCUCUCUCAAUGGCCAGACUCUAUUCCGUACCAGCUCCAAAAGCGGGGGCUGCGUGGUCGACUCAGAAGUGAUCACACAGGGGAUCCCAUACCAGGACUACUUCUACACAGCGCAUCGAUACUGUAUUACUGCUGUAGCCAAGAGCAAGGCCCGACUCAGGUACUGGUUCCUCUCCCUUGUCCCUGCGGCUUCAGGGCUGGUUUCCUCUCCUUUUGGCAUGUUGACCCAGUUUAUCUCUCGAGGCAAAACCAGCGAGAAUCCCUUGGCACCAUAAAACAGGGGUGGGAAACCUGUGGUCCUCCAGGUGAUGUUGGACUGCAGCUCUCAACAUCCCUGACCAUUAAUAAUAAGAAUAAGAAUAAGAAUAGUAAUUUAUUAUUUAUACCCCUCCCAUCUGGCUGAGUUUCCCCAGCCACUUUGGGCAGCUCCCAACAGAAUAUUAAAAACAUGAUACAACAUCAAACAUUAAAAACUUGCCUAAACAGGACUGCCUUCAGAUGUCUUCUAAAAGUCAGAUAGUUGUUUAUUUCCUUGACAUUUGAUGGGAGGGUGUUCCACAGGGCAGGUGCCACAACCGAGAAGGCCUUCUGCUUGGUUCCCUGUAACCUUGCAGCGAGGGAACCGCCAGAAGGCCCUUGGAGCUGGACCUCAGUGUCCGGGCUGAAUGAUGGGGGUGGAGAUACUCCUUCAGGUACACUGGGCCGAGGCCAUUUAGGGCUUUAAAGUUCAGCACCAACACUUUGAAUUGUGCUCAGAAACGUACUGGGAGCCAAUGUAGGUCUUUCAGGACCAGUGUUAUGUCGUCUCAGCGGCCACUCCCAGUCACCAGUCUAGCUGCCACAUUCUGGAUUAGUUGUAUUUUACGGGUCACCUUCAAAGGUAGCCCCAUGUAGAGCGCACUGCAGUAGUCCAAGUGGGAGAAAACUAGAGCAUGCACCACUCUGACAAGAUAGUCCGUGAUGGAGCUGGUAGACAGCUGUCCUGGACACAGAAUUGACCUGUGCCUCCAUAGACAGCUGUGAGUCCAAAAUGACUCCCAGGCUGCGCACCUGGUCCUUCAGGGGCACAGUUACCCCAUUCAGGACCAGGGAGUCCUCCACACCUGCCCACCCAAAACAGUACAGUGGUACCUCAGUUUUCAAACAGCUUAGUUUAUGAACAACUUGGAAUUCGAACGCCGUGAACAGUAGGUGUUCGGGUUUGCGAACUUUUUUCGGAAUCUGAACUGUUCUGUUUUGAGUGUUACACUUCCAUUUUCAGUGCCACACCUCUGUUUUGAGUGCUCCUGUUUGCACGGGAGUAGGAGCUGGAUCGAGGCUGCUCAGCUGGGAUGGCAAAGGUAGAGGCAGCCCGGCAGCUGCAUCUGAGAGCCCCUAAACUGCUGCUGAGGCAGCUGUCAGGCUGUUUUUGCAUUGCCACAUGAUGCUCUUUUAAACUUCUCUGCUGAGGUGAACACAGCCACGCACCCCUCAGUGGAAAAGUGUGACGGAGCCUGCACCUCUCCAGGUGAGCAGCCCCGAUCCAGCUCCGACUCCUGUGCAAGCAGGAGCGAGGCGGGGGAUCUCUCAGCUGGGAAGCAGAGGCUUUGUGCUGCCCAGCUGACAUUCAAAAUUAAAACUGAAACUAUCCAGAAAACCACAAAGCCAACAAACUUGCAACUCAUGAAAAAGCAGCAACACAACAAAUUAAAAAAGCAAGCCAACCGCAAAUGAAUCAAAACCGCAAGAAAACAUAAAACAACACCGACCCUAACCCUCAUUCUAAUCCUUACCCUAACACUAACCCAGUCCUAAAAUGAACCCUAACCAACCCAGAAAUGGUCUUGUUAGAUAGUAAAAAUAAUGUUAAAUUGCUGUUUUAGGGGUUGUUUUUAAAAGUCUGGAACAGAUUAAGUUUGAGAAUCAAGGUACCACUGUACUUUGAUCAUGCCAGCUGAGUCUGGCGGGGCAACACCUGAAAGGCUACAGGUUUCCCAUCCCUGCCAUAGGAGCGUUUAUCAUGGAACCAUACGGUCACAGAGUUGGAGGGAACCUCAGAGUAGUCUAACCCCACCCCCACCCCGUUCAGUCCAACAAAGAAUAUAAUAACAGCAUCCCCAGCAGAUGGCCGUCUAUCCUCUGCUUGAAUACUUCCAUAGAGUCUGUGGAGUGAGCUUUCACAGGCCGCUUCAUCAGAAGCUUUUAUUUCCUUUAUUGCAGAGUCUCCUCUGAGAUCCGGUACCGGAAGCAGCCAUGGAACCUGGUGAAAACGCUCAUUGAGAAAAACACCUGGAGCGGCGUGGAAGAAUACUUUCAGCACUUGGGUAUGGGAAGCAAAAGGGCAGAACUGCACUCCAGAAAUCUGAGCACAUAGGAGCACCGCCAGGGGCCUUAGGGGCUGGGAUUGCCCCGUGCUUUGUCCCAUGUGGGGGAUCAUAGCGCCCCGUAGUUUCAGUGGCCCUGGGUCUGGGUUGCUUUACCUGUGGGCAUGUGGGGGGUAUUCAUGCUUUGGAGGAGAAAGCAGUGGUAGCUGGUGCUCAUUGGGACUGGUAGGGUGGGGGGCAGGGAGCCCAACAGUAGGUGGCGCCAGAGUCAAUGACAGGCAGAGAUAGCUAAUUCUAGUUUUGUCCCCCUCCUCCUUGCUGAAUCCUACAAAGGCAAAACUGAGACUAAGGAGAAGGGACCUGACAGCCAGGGCCCUGGGCUGGUUGUUGUUGUUGUUGUUACACCCUGUCCAUCUGACUGGGUUGCCCCAGCCACUCUGGGUGGUUUCCAACAGAUAUGAAAACAUAAUAAAACAUCAAACGGUUAAAAGGUCCCUAUAGAGGGCUGCCUUCAGACGUCUUCUAAAAGUUGUAUAGCUAUUUAUCUCCUUGACAUCUGAUGGGAAGGUGUUCCGCAGGGCAGGCGCCACUACCGAGAAGGCCCUUUAGUUAAAAAGGCAGGCAGGUGGAGGGUUGGCAGAGGGCUGACAGAGGUUGGCAGGGCAGGAGCAGCCUCCCCUGGGAGUUUGCUGUGGAGCUUUCAGCCUCCCCUCCUGCUCCCUCUGUUGCAGAGCUGGCGCUGGUGCAGGCAGAGAAGGCCCUGCUGGAAGAGAGCUGCCAUGGCAAGGAGCCGCGGGGGCUCCUGUCCGGCCUGCGCCGCCGGAAGCGCACCCUGAGCUGGAGAGCCCCCCACGUCGAGCCCCCGCUCCCCACGUUGCCUGACGGUGAGGGGGCAGCCCGCACCAUCCGUCCCUCAGGUAGGCCCCCCUCUCACCGGGGUCCAGCCUGUCCCCUUCCCUUCCGCACUGGGCUGUCUCCCUGGAUCCGCAGGGCAUGAUGCUUGCAACAGCCCUUGACCUGCAGGCCUUCUCCUUCCCUGCAGGCAGCCUGACCUCUCGGCUCUCGGAGCAGCUGUCGGAACAAGGCCAAGGCCAGACCGUCUCCACCGUGAUUCUCAUCAUCAGCUUGGUGUAAGGCAGCUGCUGGCUUGGGAAAUGGGGAGCAGGGGUGUUGGGGUGGGAUCUGGAGCCUCUUAGGAGCUGACGCGGCCCCAGGCAUGUCUACUCAGAGGUGAGUCCCACUGUGUUCAGUGGGGCUCAUCUCCUAGCAAAGCACCCGCACACCAUACCUGAAAGUGCCCUAGCACCACUUUCAUAGUCUUGACCCCGCAAGGUCCUGGGAACUGUAGUUUUGAGUGUGCUGAGAACUGUUAGGAGACUCCUUGCAAGGGUACAAUUCCCAGCACCGUCAACCAGCUAGGAAGCUGGCGGGGGGAGGGGGGAGUCAUGACUGCUAAUGUGGCAUAAGAGUGCUUUAAAUGUGCAGUGUAGACGUGAGCUGGAUUGGGAAGCAAAGUAAGAGCACAACCUGUUCUUGUGUAGGACAAGCAUAGGAAAUAAUAAUAAUAAUAAUAAUAAUAAUAAUAAUAAUAAUAAUAAAUUAAAAAAUAAAAAUACAUACAGUGGAACCUUGGUUGUCAAAUGUAAUCAGUUCUGGAAGACCGUUCGACUUCUGAAACAUUCGACAACCAAGGCGCAAAGGGCUGCUGCAAGUUCAAUGGAGAAAAUGGAGAAACAUGCCUUGGAAGCCGUUCGACUUCUGAGGCGCGUUCGAAAACGGAAGCGUUCACUUCCGGGUUUUCAGCGUUUGAAAACCGAAACGUUCAGCUUCUGAGACGCUCGAACACAGAGGUUCCACUGUAAUAGUAGUAGUAGCAGCAGCAGCAUGCCGCCCAUACGACUGGGUUGCUCCAGUAGCUCCCAACAAAUUAUAAAGCCACAGUAAAAUAUCAGACAUUUAAAACUUCCUGAUACAGGGCUGCCUUCAGAUGCCUUCGGAAAGUUGUGUAGCUUUCUAUGUUUGAAAUCUGAUGGGAGGGCACCACUGCUGAGAAGGCCCUCAGAGCUGGACCUCUGUGUCUGGGCUGAACAAUGGGGGUGGAGAUUCUCCUUGAGGUAUACUGGGCCGAGGCCGUUUAGGGCUUUGAAGGUGAGCACCAGCCCACAACCCACGGUUGCCAUGUUUAGUGCAUUACACACAUCCAGCCCGAUGCCUCAAAGUGCACGAAGCAAAGGUUUUCACUCACCACUUUCUCUCUUUGUGCUGGGUAAGGGGCGGGGCCCUGGUUCAGGGGCGGAGCACACACUUUGCAUGCAGAUUGGCCCCUGGGGCUUCAGAAAGACACUGUGGCUGAGACCCCAGAGAGCGGCAGCCUCUUAUGAGCAGCCAGUACUGGAUGAGAUCGACACAUGAUCUUCUUCUGGUAGCAGUCAGCUUCCUGCGUCUCUUAAACCUCGCCCUCCCAUUUCUGUGUGUUGUUCUGUCGUGAGAAAGACGCAAGAGCAGGGUCAGCGGCCUUGCUUGUUUAAUAGUAAUGGUGAGCAUUUGGGUGGCGGGGGAAAGGGAGAGACUCAGGAUAGGAUCCCCUGCUUGUUUGGGGUGUUUUUUUCGGGCCGGAAGCGCGAGCAAAGCGUCACACGUCUCUUUCUUUCCUUCUUCCACCUCUGCCUCCGCACAGGAUCUGUGUGAGGUAUCGUAUGCCAGUUUCACUCCCCCAACUGUGCUUCUGCCUCGGGCCCCCUUUGGACCUUGCCCCUAACCUGAACCCCAUCCUGCACUGACCCUGCUGUUGACUCACAAACACCAUCCCUUGCUUUGGAUGCUGACAGAUAACACCCCAACACCUCACCGCUUAUGCUCUUGCCACCCUCCUCCCUGCCGCCACAACCAUCUCCUCUGGCUCCCUGUCCCUGAGCCUGUUUGUCAUCCUCCACUCGUCUGUGCAUUCCUUCCUCCACUCCUUUUGUCCUCCACUUUCUCCCUGCACCCUCCCCUGCUUGCCCCUUUUCCCUUACUGGUUGUCUUGUACUCAGGGCUUUUAUCUGAAUUAAAAGCAAAGCAAAAGGAAAAUAAUGAUCCAUAGACAGAUAGCCUGAGUUCUUUACUCUGGCUAAAUUAUAUGAAGUUGCAUACUGCUUCCUUAUCUUUGCCUGUGCCUGGCAGUUAUGGCAAGGAACAAAGUGCUUCAUGACACACCAAAGUUGUGUCCCCCGACAGCUGGGUGGCCUGCUUAGCCCUUCUCUUCUCUCUUCCUUGUGGCUUCUGACCCCUCACCCCCCAAUCUCUGCCUUCACAUGAUCAAAGCUUAAUCUGUGAGCCAGGGAUUUUCCAAGAGAGAGAACAAGAGAAAAUGUGAGGGAGAAAGAAUGUGAAAGAGGGAGAAAGAAAAGAGAGGCUGCAAAAGAAAAAGCAUGUGAAAGAGAGAAUGCAAAAGAAAGAAAUCUGAAAGAGAAAAAUGCGAAAGAGAGAAGGCGAUAACGCAAGCAAAUGUGAAAGAGAAAGCAAAAGAGAAAGAAAACAGUGCGAAAGAAUGCGAAAGAGAGAAUGUAAGAGAGAAAGUAAGAAAGUGAGAGAUAAUGCAAAAGAAAUAAAAUCGAACAAAGAGAAUGCAAAAGAAAGUGAGAAAAAGAGAAAGAAGACUACUGGCAUGUUGAAUUUUGCAUCCAAUAUUAAAAAAAUGUGCAAAAUCAUGGAUUAAACAGGGAUCAAGUCUUGUUGUAUAUUGCUGUCCUUCAGCUCAGGCUGAGUUCACAUAGUGCAUUUGCAACAUGAUCUGUACGUUUUCGAUAUUAUCGCUGCAGCCUCCACUUGAUCACUUAAAAACUAACCUGGAGGGAUCAUCACAGACUAUUGUCUCUUAUCGCAUCGGGUUGUUUUCCUAACAAGGGGGGGAGGGGGAGAAUGCUUGCUACCACUUAAGCUAAAUGGCGCAGACCCAUGCUCUGUCUCAACCACCCUCACCAGCAUCUGUGUUGAAUCCCUGCAUUUACUUUCUUUAAAUACUGCGCUCUAAUGAGCUACAUGCUAUUGAUUUCCCAAAGAGAGAUGUCAGAUGCUGGCAUCAUCCACUCAGCGUAGCGUACACUAAUAGGCACUCAUGCCUUGUAUUUUUAAUGCUCUGAGCAGGGAAGCUGCAAAGGGUUGUGCGUUCUUUCUUAGAGCCAAAUGUAACUGAGCAAUAUUGCGGGCCUGAACUUGGGUCCUCUUGUUUGCAAAAAGGCUGAAGGAGCUGGGGAGGGGCCAUAGCUCCGCAGUCGAGCCAGAAGUGCCUGGUACAUGCGUGGAUAGCUCCAGAAAGUUAAAACACACGGAGAAGAGCUAUAAUUCCAUGGCAGAGCACAUGUGCUUUACAAAACACAUGCUCAGUGAAGUUCCCGUGUUCUACCUGUGCUAUUGCAAGCAAAAAGUAGCAGGCGAUGUGAAAAGUCUCUGUUUGAGACCUUGCCAGUCCACAGACAAUUUUAGGCCAGAUGGACAAAUAGCCUGACCUGAUAUAAGGAGGAAGACUUUCCCCUUGCUCCUAACACCUUGUAAGUCAAUAAUAACUAGACAGGGGGACCCACAGUGGCCUAGAAAACCUCUGACUGAAUUGAAAAACCUGUUUUGAGGGGAUGUGUGUCACCUGGCUGAAUGCCAACAUGGUGCCCACCCCCCAGGAUAUUCUACCGCCCAUCACCGCUGAACAUUAACCAAGCUUGAUUGGGCUGAUGACAUCUGGAGGGUACUUUGUUGGCUGCCUCUGACAGUACCUAACAAAGUAGUUCCGUUAGCUCAAGGAUUUCUAUUUGCACAGCAGAACUUCCUCUUUUGCACCCCCUGCAUCUUCCCCAGAUAUGCUCUGGAGGAUUGGGGGAAACUUGAGAAAAGAUUCAGGGCAUGCUCCUGGAGGGGAGGGUGAUGGGAAGUUCCACUGUGCAGCCAGAAGCCCUUGCGCUCCCGGAACUGCUUUGUUGGAUACCGCCCACCGAGCUGAUUCUGAUUCUAGACCUUCUCAGAAUAGACCCAUCAGAAUCAAUGAACUUGGCUAGGCUAGGUCCACUGAUUUCAGUGGCCCACUCCUGAGUUAACACAGGGGCUCAUCCACACUUCCACUUGCCCUGUGGACUCACACUUUCUAGGCAUGGAUCCGAGCGAUUUUCCUCAUGCCCCGCUCCUUUCCCAGGGGAAAUCCACCCUUCAGUAUUAUAUCAGAGCAAACGUCAUUUUUGCUUCGAUUGAGCGCUAAAGAGCUGUUUUUCCUGGGGGGUGGGGGGAACAGUGGGACAAGAAGAAGUGGAUAAGCCCAUAGUUGAAUAUAUAUGUUAUAUAGACAAGUAGAUAGAUCCCUUCAUGUAGAGGAGUAGCAUGUCAGGGAGAAGCUGGCUGAUAAUGCUUCUCUUUGACAUUAUAAAUUUCUACUUGUUUGUCUUUUAAAUGUAGAGGCUGAAGUGGUUCGAACCAGGCACGGGUUGGCUGCUUCAGCAAGAGCUUGGCCCAAGUGGUCCCUUCUCCUUCCAAGCCAUUUCUCUCUCUCUUUCUCUCUCCAGCCUUGUGGUCUUGGUUAUCCUGAACAUGAUGCUGUUCUACAGGCUCUGGUCUCUGGAGCACACAGCCCGGACCUUUGAAUCAUGGCAGGCCUAUGCGCUCUCCAGUGGGUAAGGAACCAAGAGAGAAGUGUGAAGAAUGCGACCUUUUCUUACCUUUAUGAUCUGAAACAAUUGUUAAAAUUGUUAAAUGCGUUGGCAACAUUCAGUUAGAAAGGAGGUGAGAGGGGAAAGUGGGCUGCAUUUAAGAAUACAGAGGCCUUGUGGAACUGGUCUGUGGCGUAGGAGCAAUAGCACUGUGGAGGAGCACAUAAGGCAUGGAGAUGAGGGGGGCUUUGAAGACGUUUCCCUGUUGAUUGCAGCUAAGAGUACACACUCUCUCCUCCCUGGCAGAAAGCUACCACAAACGGCAUCUGAAUGGGCUGAGAUCCUGGAGCUGCAGAAGCGGUUUCACAGUGUGGAGGUUCAGAAGUGGAAGCAGAUCCUCAAGGCCUCCGUGGAGCUUCUAGAUGAGGUGAGGUCUGCAGCUUGGGGUAUCGCGAGGGCGCUAAUGGGGAGCUAAUUUGAACACUCUUGUUUGUGUGGGAAUGUUGUGGAUAGUAGGGGAGGAUAUAUUGAUUAAAUUUUAUCCUUCCUCACUCACGCUAGCGAGCUAGUAGCAGAGCACAUUCCCUUGUACAUUGCUGGAAGCUAGUUGAUGGAUUCGUGAGAAUCAUUUGAGUUAAGCAAUCCAGUCUGGCUUGUCCAGAUUGGAUUGUUCCUGGUAAAUCCCCUUUAGUUUCCCUCUUAAAAACAAUAAUGACACAGCAGUCUUCCUUUAAAAGUAAUGAUAAGGUUUACUUACGUUCAGUUCACAGUAUAGUCCUGAAGGCAGGCUAUAUCUUGUAGUUACAGUUACAGAGAAAAGUGUGGGUACAUCCUCUGUGAGGCAUGAGCCCAUGCGCUGCUGGCUGAGAGCCAGCAGACAGCAAAAGGCAAGAUGGAGAAAAGGCGAAAAAGGGAAGGUGGCUGUGUGACCAGCCCAUUUGUAGGGUCUGCUAGGGUCAUGCCCAUCUACCUGGUCACACACAGGGGGAGGAUGCUCCAGACAGGAAGUGGAUGCGACAGGAAGUCCUCCUGGCUGGAUCAACAUUCCUCUGUGUGUCCACUCUGGGCAAACAGGAAAUGUUGUGUUUGACUGCUUCAGUGAUGUUACAUCCCACCGUUUGAUCCAAGGCAGCCCUACCCAGUGGAAGUUAAUGGCAAUAGCACAAUUUUUCCACAAAGGAUGUUGGGGGGCGUAUCUAGUCCUAGUCACUUCUUUGGUUGGCAGAUGGAUCUGUGUCACCAGCUCCCCUUCUCCUGCCCUGGGUAAUGUUUGGGGGCCUUGGAGACAGCAGGGGAAUCUCUGGCAAUGGUGUUUUCUGCAUGCUUGGAGCAUUUGAAAAACACAAAUCCUUUGCACAUGAUUGCAUUGGGAUGCACAAAGGACUGAGUCCUUUUCAGUGCUAAUGUAGGAAUAUUUGUGUUGGGCUUCCUUUUCUCAGUCUUCACAAACCCCGGAGUUACUCUGUGUUUCUCUUCCCCCUCCAGCCUUAAGGAGAUGUGAGGUGAAGGGGGGAGGAUUUGAAUUAUGGUGCUGAGACAGAGUUGGUUUCCUAAACUUUGCCGCCCGCAAGCCAUUUUCCCAGUUGAAAUCCCUCUCUCUGAAGCUGCUGUUUGCACCACAACAGAUGGGGUUUGGGAAGGAGACCCUGCGGCUACCACAGGCCCUGAGAAUAAAACCGCUCCUGGGCCUCAUUGCUAACAAUGACCACUCCUUACUCGGUGGGCUAACACUGUCCUCUUCCCUCCAGAUGAAAAUCUCCCUCGAGAAGCUGCACCAGGGCAUCACGGUGGCCGAGCCCCCCUUAGAGCCGGAGUGAAACCCCCAGCGCUCCCUCUCUCCCAAGGAUGUUGCUCCGAAACUGCUGCUGGGUCGGUGGCACCCACCUCCCGUGGCCGGCGUGCGACCGAGGGGACGACAUUCCACUCCUCGCCAGACCAACAGCUGGACCUUAGCCUCAAGAGUGCCACUCGCAGUGAUGGAUUCCACCGCCACCACUUUCCUGCUUCGGGGAUCUUUCUCCCGGAGCAUCUUCCUUCUCUCUUCUUCUCUCUGAGGGUCUCUGCAGUGACUUCAUUUUAUCCCCUCCCCCUUUAAGUGCUAUUUAUAUUCCUCACAGGACCCCAGAGAGCUUUUGACUUCUGCUGCUCCAGCAUCCUUUCUCUACCUUCUUUCCAGCUGUUGUUCGGAGUGUGUGUGACUGGGAACUUUAGUGGACAGGUGGCGGUGCCUGUAUCUCUUGUGUUGAGAUUUCACCCAACAGCUGGGACAGCAAGGACCCGCUUUCCUCCUCCAUGUUGAGGGCAAUCGAUCUGCGAUUUCCUUCUCUCUCACACACACAAGUGGUUGAGAGAAGGGAAACCAAGAGUCCGUAUUGAAUCCUUCCUUGCUCCCUCUCCUGUUUCCAUCCUUUGGCGAGCCCGAUUGUUUUAUUAAAGGGAUCUUCUCGACAACAUUACCUCUGACAGAAGGGGGAAAGGGUAGGCAUGGCCCUGAACAUUAUAUGGCCAGAAAUCUGAUUUACAGAAGUUGGAGAGCUUCUGAGACCCUUGAGGGGGUUCUGUGCCCCUUGCCCACGUGAGAGUUAACCUAGAGCAGGGAUGGCCCUUCAGAUGUUGAUGGACUACAGCACCCAUCAUCUCUGACUGCUGGCCAUGGUGGCUGGGGCUGAUGGGAGCUGGAGUCUAACAAUAUCUGGAGGGCCACAGGUUCCCCAUCCCUGACUUAAGAGCAUGCCCAGGCAAGGGAGCCAAAGGCAGCUGGAUAAGCAGCUGGGUCAAACCCACCAGUAAUCCUAUUUAUGCAUUUCCAUCACUGGUGUGGGGGUGGGCAGUGAGUCCAGGAGUACCCCAGUCUAUGCCGAAAGCUUUCUGGCUUUGGGAGGUUUCUGCUGUGCCAGCUGCCCUAAUCCGUUAUUUUCCGCAAUGAAAAUGCCAAACGCAGCUUUUUUUUUUUGGAGAGGAGGGCAGUCUGAAGGAGUGCAGCACAGUGGCCACAGAGUCGGGGCUCCUGGGUUUUAUUUUUAUUUUUUUUACUCCCAUGUGGACAGCAACACGCUCCUAGACUCCAGGACUCCUUUGCCCGAUUCCUCCUAGGCCCGUCUCCAAGGCAACAAAUGGGCUUUGCCAAGGCCUAGCUGUACUGUCACUUUAAAAUGAGGUUGCACUGCCAGUCAGGGCCCCAGGUGCCCUUCAAAUACUGCCUGAGGGGGAUUCUAAUCUUGAAAUCCACCCCCUCCUGGGGAGGGGUGUGUGUCUGCCAGCCCUAUGUUCUCCACUCCCGACUCAAGACCUUGGAAGGCCCAGGUUUCUGACCUCCCCCUUUCUCCCUUCUUCCCCCUCACCAAGGUUGUGGUGAGGGGGCUCCCCCCCCCCAGUUUUGUAGCUGUGUUCAGUGUUAACGAUCCUUUGUGUUCAAGGUUCCACAGAGGUGCUGGGGCUUAUUUAUUAGGGAGCGGAAUAAAGACCGUGGAUCGGAAUCUC